GAAACAAGUUAAAAACCAGAAAAGCCAGAAGGAGAUUGGCGAAACAAAAAAUGUGUUCCUUUAAAAUGCGAGGAGCAGUUUUUCUCGCUCUCCUCGGGCAUGUAAUGGGUAAGUUACAAACGCCCCCCUAUUAUUAUAUAUUGGCGGAGCGAACUCAUUUUUAUUUUUAAAUUGAGUCCUUUUAAGCCAACCCCUUUUCUGACAAAAUUUGAAAGGUUUCGACUUUUAUUAUAAAAGUUGUUGAUAUAAUUUUAUUUAAACAUAUUUUUUCAACUAUAGUUCAUUGAAUCUAUAGAUAUCACUUGGUAAAAAUUAAAUAUUUAAUAAAAAUCGCUAUAUACAAAUAUGAUGAAAAUAAGUAUUUGAUCGAGAAAUAUUGCUUUGCUAAUUACACUGAUCUAAUUGUACUGAUAAGUUUUCAUUAUAAUUCGCUUGAUAUUAUUUUGGGACAACAUAUUUACAAUAUUUUUUUUAUUUUACAAUAAUUCUAAAUAAGAACUCUAGGGUGAACGGAUAUUUCCCUUGCACGGUGAUCUUUGCUCUUGAAUUUGAGAAAACACGGAGUCACAGCUCUUGAUGACUACAUCAGUGAAUGGAAGGGUGGAAAUCAAUGAAGCAUGGAUCGUUUCCAAAUUGUUGGGCUCGUAGUUCGGGAACUGUGGUCGGGGUCGGGGUAAAAGUGAUUGGCCAUUAAAAUCAGCGUGCUGCUUGGUCUCUCGGAACUCAAUGUAUGAGAAAGUACCUAAGAAAAGAAACCUUGUUUCUUUGGUGUCUGGAACCGCUUUUCGAGGGUUCAGUAUGUAUUUUAGUGCAGAUGGUCAGUAAGCGGAAUAAAGUAGGCUUGGAACUUCUUCCUGCCCCACACCAGGGAUAUAAGGCUACUCUCGAAGUCUAUUAGUAAGUACUUCGUCUCUGGUACCUUCAGAGACCAGGAUACAUAGGCGAUAGGUCGUUCGUCUUCCUCUGGUGUGCGGUCUGACAAGACGGCAACCAGAUCGUACGAAGAGUGUGACUAAAACCAGCAAAUCAGGGUUGGGGUGCACUUGAGCUUUGUCUUGACAUCCUUAAUCAAUCUGAAGAUAGCUGCUUCUUCCUACUACAUUGAUCAAUGUGGCGGAGAGCAAGGUGAGUGGCAAAAUAGUAGCUAUGUCGCAUCCUGAGCUCUUGUCAUCUCAGCAGUGGUCCUUACUUACUUGAGAAAUUGAUGCAGUUCUUCAGUCGAUAUGACAUGUCCCAAACACUACACGAAUCCCCCUUAGAAAUUUGCGAGGCUCUCGCGGUUGGCUUUCAAGCUAAAAAAUUUCUCAGAGCUCCUCAAAAACGCUACCAGACUCAGGGUAUUCUUCAAUAGUGCAGUCUGCCAUAAUAUUCCUUCCAAGGGCCUGGUCCAUGGCCCGCUACCAGAUGGCUGUUGCUGAAGCUAUACAAUAAGGCGAACUUUAGUGAUGUUACGAACCUCGCUCUUUAUUGAUGAUAAGGAAUGCAUUUAAACGCCAUUCAAUUUUCAUUUGCAAGUAAGGAUGACGCCGGUCAUAAACGGCCUCCCGUGCCCUUGUAUGAAUUCAAAACUCCGCUGCGUUUGCUUACUAACAGGCGAGCUUAAAUUCUUGACAUCUGAAAGUUCUGUGUUCUAGGAGAUGCCAAAAUUGAUUUGCAUACCUAUUCAUCUUAUAAUAUGAUUUGCAAACCUAUUAAGCUGACGACGUUCUGGCCUAUAAAUUAAAUCGAUCGAAGAAGAAUAGCACGCUUUCACCGUAAAACUUUCUUUCCAUGAGUCAACAGCAACUAGAAGACUCCCUAGAAACAUUUUUCGGAGGAAAGCACGUGUCCGCCCAGAUAAGCCCUGUUAUUUGCCUGUACAGCAGUUUUGUAAAUUUUAUUUUAAAAAUACUGUUUAAAACUUGAAACUUGAAUCUUGCAAACAUUUGAGGGGCGAACAAGGAGUAUAAGUGAUGUGGUGAUGAGAUCCUGUAGAAUGGAAGCAGGAAGAACUACAGGGGGUUAUAGGUAAUUAAAUAAUUACUUCAUUUACCGUAUGUUGGCAGAUUAAAAGUCAUGUUAAUUACUGAAGUGGUAAAUUAUGCGAUAAUUAAACCGAAAAGCUUACCUGCUUGACCUGUAUCUUUGUUGAGGAUUUAAUAGCUAAAUAUUAGACAAUUUAUGAAAAAAAAAACCUUUUAUAAUUACUAGCAAAUGUUGGCAUCAACUGCAACUUUGAAAGCAACCUCUGCACUUGGACUCAAGACAAAACAGAUCAGUUUGACUGGACUCGGAAAUCAGGUUCAACAGCUUCAUCCUCAACUGGACCCUCCGUGGAUCACACAACAGGCAAUUGUAAGUACAGUCAAACUUCAAUUAAGCGGUCACCCUCUAUUAAGCGGUCACCUAUCAAUUUCCCGAUAGUUGCUUCCCACGUUUACUGCAAAUUUGACCUCUCUUCAACGGUCACCUCUAUUAAGCUGAAGCGGUCUCCUUACGGAUUUCCCAAAGAACUAGUUUCAUUGUAAUUUACCUCUGUUAGAUGGUCACCUUGUUACAUAACAAUCAAUUAGUGACAUUUUUUUUUUACUGGAAUAUAAGCGAAGUAUUUCCAUUUUCUUUCACAGGUCAUCAAACACAACUAACAUUGUAAUCUAGGUAUUAAAUACACGUCUCUAUCUUCUUGUUAUAUAAUUUUUUAAAAUCAAUGAUUUGCUUGAUCGUAAAGACGCCUGCAGCCUUACGAACGACAUUGUCUCUUACCCAGACCUCUCUCUCUCGAUGAAAUUUUUCCCUCAAAGGAAGGCGGGAAGGAGAACUUCUCCUCCCUUCUUUACUCUUUCCAUGGUCCCUUGCUGGAUUAUCGUCGCCCCCCACCCCCCGGCUAAUAUUAAAAGCUCCGAAAUGUGUUUUUGCAUACUUUUAGCAAGUGGAUGGUACAUAUUUAUCGAGACAUCUUUUCCGAGGAGGCCAAACGACGCAGCAAAGCUUGUAAGUGCAAACGUCCCCGGCAGCAGUGCUGGUGGCGGAAAAUGUUUGUCCUUUUGGUACCACAUGUAUGGAGCACACAUCAAUGCCCUCAGAGUGUAUGUCAGGAGUGGUUCUAAAGACACCCUGUUGUGGUCAAAGACAGGGACGCGUGGAGACAAGUGGCUUCAGGCUGCCCUCACAGUCAAUAUCAGGACCCGUUUUCAGGUGGGUUUUUAUUGAUCAAUUAAAAAAGGAUUUUUGAGAAAUUGUAAAUGCCCAGACUAGAGAAUGUGUUCGAAUAACUUGAACUACUUGCAAAAUAAGACAUUACGUCUUUACCACAUUCGACGCACGUAUAAGAAAUGUAAAAUGUAAAAAUAUAAAUGUUCCAGAAUUUUUAAAAUCCUCUAAAUAUAUUUCGCUCUUCGAGCCUCGUUAGGCAACAAAAUUUUCAUGUAAGAUGCACUAAAAUAGUCUGCGUGUUCGCCAGUGUCAUGUAAGCCAACAUGGUCACUCUAUUUCACGUGGUCACGAGCGACUACUAGCGACAAGGUUUCAAAAUCAGAGUGGUAGAAAAAGCUGGUGUUGCGAUUAAAAAGUUACUCCAGAGGUCUGAUCCGUUUAAAUCACGAAAAUGUGAAAGAGGGGAUUGGCCAGUGUGUAGAGAAGAUGGAAAAGGACCGUUUGAUAGACAGUGCGUGACUUAUGACAUAAAAUGUACUGAGUGUAAUGACAUUUAUAGCGGGGCUCCCUCGCGCGCGAAGCGCGCGUUGGACAGAGCCCCAUACUCAUAGAAUACAGUCAACCUCUUUUCGUUUGGUUGUCACGUGACUGACAGAGCGUUCGUACGUACGUACGCGUCUACAGAUUGUACGGGUAGGGUAGGGGAGACUAUCAAAAGGAAGGGAGGGGUGUCUCAGGUGUGUCUUGGAAAACCCAUGUCUUUUAUAUUGGCCAUUCACAAUAUGGUCAAUUGACAGCUGUCAAAACAGGAUAGCCACUGACCAGUAUCACAUUGCCAUAUCGAGGGCUCGUGUGUCAACUCAUCAAGGUGACGUGAUUUAUUUGGAAGCUGUCCGCUGACCAGUUGUUUUACUAGAUCGCAAUCACUGUUCAAUCUCAUACUUUCUAGGUAGCUAAUUUGAGAGCACAGGAAAACUGAUAAUGCACACAUCCAUUGGACAUCAAUGUUGUGAUCAAUUGACAGCUGUCAAAACAGGGUAUCCGCUGACCAGUAUCACUUAACCGUAUUGCGGGCUCAGGUGUUGACCCAUCGAGGUCGAGUAUUUUUUGAAGUUAUCCGCUGACAAGUUACUAGUUUUCAAAUGAUCGCAGGCUCAAGUUUGAUUGUUUUCAGUUCAUAUGAAAUAUGUUUUGUGUUUGUGCCGCACAAUUAAAAUUUUGAUUUAAAACUGAUCUCGGACGCGAAAAUUCAGCCAGCUGUUACAGGUGGGGAAGGCAGUUGCUUUUGACUUUGCUCACCAUGGUCACGCGUUGGUCACGCUCUACGUCCAAUUUUUAUGCUCUGAUUGGUCAAAACUUGACAGGUGAGCUCAUGCGGAAAAUUUAGGCAGCAUCUUGACUCUUGUUUACUUUGACAGCUGAAGCUGACAGAGUUUUGUGUCAACUUGUAAUGUUUUUAACUGUCUUUUUCCACUGGAUGCACAAAAUGAAAUUCAGCUGCUAUUAGGAGUCUUCUGUUAUUCAUGGCUAGUUGGUUUUUGGUUGAGAAAUUAAUACAUUACUUGUCAAAGUCGGAAAUCCGAUUUCGGAUGUCAUCGAUUUCGCUUUUCACCUUGCUUGAUGCGUAAGGGUUGAAAAGUCUGAAGCGAUACUAGCCUUCCUUGAUACCUUUCAGGAGCUGCAUCUCGAAUGGUAAGCCUCAGUAAUUAUUGUGUUUGAUGUUCGUAUUUUAUAUCUAAUUUUAUGAAGUCGAGCGCAGUUUAUGCGGCUAUGUAGUUUAUGCACGUUUGUAAGAUUUGAGACAAUUUGAUAUGACCAAGAAUCAGGUUUGAUAUAAGCUUACAGAACUUUAAAAAGCCUUACAUUUUCUUAACGCAAAUAGAAAGAAAACGUUCCAGAGAACAUUUAGUUUUAAUUCUGGCUGUAAAAGAAAGCUUUGAGCGAUUUUCUUGCCUCGAGUUCAUGAUCUUUGAAAAAAGUAAAUACCGGGAAGCCGGCUUAAAACAUAAACUUAAGCUUUAAGCUUGAAGACUCAGGACUUUUAGAGACACUUUACAACUUGUCUUCGUGAAUGAAAAAUGUUGUCUUUGUAUAUGUUUCACCGAAUUAUAUUUCUUUUAUUGAUUGUUGGUAGUCUUUCUUGUAAUUUUAAUCGCCGUGCCGUUUGUUUUCAGUCGUUCAUUGAACAUCGCUUGUAGGAGUACUCAAAAUGCCGCGCGUAUCAAACCGGCGCUUUUAAAGAUUACACAUGGAUAAAACCAUUUAAUAAAACUGAAUAAACAUAAUAAUUUUCUUAUUAUGUUGCAGCUUAACUCUAGUAUGUUCGUUCAAACACUCGCUACAGCUCGCACUGCAAAAGUGAGAACUGGCUGGCCGUAUAUGUGAUUUUGGAAAGUUUUUUAACGGUUUAAAAAGCCCACGGGUGCUUCGAUCGUCCUGAAUAUUGAAUGAGUGCAAUUUGUGUUGCAAAAUUGUGAAAUACUGCAUUAUGUCCGAGGUCUGUAUGAUAGAAACAGUACCUCAUGGUACUGUUUCACCUCAGAUGUGAUGUAUAAAUGGUAUAAAAGGUUGGUUUACAUGCACUCGGAUUUGUUGACAAGAUUUUGUAAAGUAAACUUGUCGAAAGCAAAAAAAUUCGGCCUGAUUUUUUUUCGAGGAUUAAUUAAUCUUACGGUGAUCAAGAGCCAUUUUGGCUCCUAAAUGUUAUCGAAGAUGAUUGCUAUUUUUUGGGUGUACAUAUGAGGAUAUCCACUCGAUGUAAGAUUUGGCUCACUCUUGGGCUGUUUGCAAAUUAUUUUUCUCUAAAAUCACUUAGCCUUUCCCUCAAAAGUCACAUGAAUGUGCUAUGUGCUCUAAAGUUACAGUCAAACCAGGUGAAGCGUUCCCGUCGCUAACGAACUAAUAAAUUCAUUAACGGAAAAAUGAUUUCGUUUAUUGAUUCAAUAAUCCAUUCAUAAAAUGAACAAUCCCAUAUUCAUAUUUAGCCUCGAUUUCAUAAUCGAAUGUUGAUUCGAUUACUGUUUUUAGAAAAACUACACUUUUUUUCUCCUUUUUUUCUUAGAGUGGAGGUCGGGCGAGUUCUGAAUUUCAAACCCAAACAAACUGUUACAUGUACGUCAUUUUGUUUCCAGUAUUCACUGCAACGGACCUGACCUCUUAGGAAACACGAUAGUGAAACGAAGGUCAGUGUAUGUGCGGUGAUUGGUGGAUUUCGAUCCCCGGCCUUUGUCAGUUUCUUUGCGUUUGCGGUCUGUCUCUUCUAGCUGUUGUUUUGAUUAAAAGCAAUUACAAACGCAAUCGUAAACGGCAGGAAAAGGGAAGCAAAUACGAUUGAACUCAAUAGAGAAGAAUAAAGAACAGGUAGAUUUUGUUAAUAAACCAAAUCAACAUUUAAUUAUUGAAUCGAGGUCCAAUUUGAUUGUUGGAUUAUUCAUUUUAUGAAUGGAUUAUUGAAUCAACAAACGAAAUCAUUUUUCCAUUUUUCAUUAGUUUGCUAGUGACGGGAACGCUUGACCUGGUUUGACUGUAACUGAAUUGUGGAAUACAAGUUUAUUGUUUGAUUUAAAUUAUAAAUAUAUUAAUGGGAGCCUCGCUUUUAGCCCUGGCUAAAUCUAUAUAUUAUCGGAGCGCGUAUAUUAGAGGAAAAGAACACAUGAAGUCACUGGCCAAAAAGGAAGAGAGGUCAGUCUUAUGGAAGCACUGUAACGAGAAACACAACAGUGAAAUGCAAAAAUUUAAAAUGAACGUUACCAGUUCUUACUCCAACGACGCCAUAUUGAGGCAGAUAUCGGAGGGUGUUCGGAUCGAUCAAGUACCGGAAGGCUAGUUGAUGAGCUCUAAGAAGGAAUGGAAUUAUUUCCGCGUUCCACGCGCCGUGGUCGCACGUGACCACGUGAACUAGAGUACACCAUGUUGACUUACAUGACACUGGCGAACACCCAGACUAUUUUAGUGCAUCUUACAUGAAAAUUUUGUUGACUGACGAGGCUCGAAGAGCGAAAUAUAUUUCGAGGAUUUUAAAACUUCUAGAACAUUUAUAUUUUUACAUUUUACAUUUCUUAUACGUGCGUCGAAUGUGGUAAAGACGUGAUGUCUUGUUUUGCAAGUAGUUCAGGUAAAAAAUGAUUGUUGAAUUGUAUUAAAUGUUUUAUUCCAAAACUUGCAGUUUGGAGUUGUAGUUAAAUUUACGAGAGAAAUGAAUACACCGGUAAUAGCUUUGUACUUCAGUCCCACUAGAAAAUAAAAAUGUACAAGGAAAAAAAAGUAAAAUAGCGAAAAUUAAUGAGGACGUAGUAAAUACAGUACGUAGGCUUUGCAAGGUUGCUUACCCGGACAGUCUUGGCGGCAAACCGUUUUAUUGUUAGAUGUAAUGUAGCCUCCCACGCAGACGUUCUUAGGGGUUCGUCACGCGUCUGCGUAGGAGGCUACAUGGCUAUAUGUCAUGUGGCCGCACAAGGUGUUGGGAAGAAAUAUAGCAACUGCGACUGUUCAUUUUCUAAACAGGUUGUAUUUGAGGGUGUUCGUGGAACAAGCUAUCAAGGUGAUAUAGCAAUUGACGAUAUUGUUAUGAAAAAUGGCGUCUGCCCACCCAAAAAAGCGUGCUCUUUUGAAGAUGUUAAAAUGUGUGGAUGGACCAAUGACAAGAGGUAAAUUCAUAAAGGUAGCUUAAGGCAUUGAGUAGGAUUCUUGAAUGUGUAAAUCCCAAGAAUUUUCUGACUUGGUUAGUGCUUCAAAACGAUUUCCUGGCUACAAAUAGACAAGGUGUCUAAACGAUCAGCUGGGCUAAUGUAUCUUUUCUAAUAUGAAAGACAAACAAGUAAAUUAUUCAAUAUGAUUUUGAGCUACUUCUUCGGAGCUCCACUCUAAAAAACCAAAGAAAAUCUUAUUUUUUUAAAAAAAGCAAUGGAGAGGAGAAGUCAUUACGUCACUUUGCCAUGGUAGCAAAAUUUUGGUUGACAACAAACCGAAAAUUCACUUAGAAAGUAAAUUCUCAAUGUUUCAAACUUCAUCGAUCUUAUUCAGUUUCAUUUGAUUUGUCAAAUAUUGGCGAAAUUUUCUGGAUUUUUAAAUCCGAAAGGACCGUCUCUGAGUUUGAAAAACGAAAAAAAAAACUUGUGUUGUGUUAACCUACUCAGUAACGCUGGUGCGUGAAAUUAGGAAGUCUCAUGUCGCAGUCGCGCAAAGACGGCUAAGAAAUGUACAAAAAGAGCAUGAUACAAGUGCAAAGUUGUUGUUUUGCUAAUCUAAACCUAUCGGUUUUUUUUCCCGUUCUCGUUACUGUCGCCGUCGUCGUUUCUUAAUCACGGCCCUAUUGUUGUAAUCAAGAAUUUGGCUACCAUGGUAACUUGACGUGACACUUCUCCUCUCUAUUCUGGCCUAGCCUUACAAGUCGAAAUAUCUGUAGCAAAAGAGCUUGAGGUUCACUUUUUACCCAACUACGCCAUCGUCUUGGUAUGUCAAAGUUUGCAAUACCGCCUCGAGAGCUCAUUCUCUCUUGACCGCCUUUAAUGCCUAAUUCCUAGGAACAUCCUGAUAUCCAAGCCACUCCUCUUCAUUUUUCUUUAACAUUUUAUAGAUGCAAUCCUACACUCCGCAAAACAAUAACAGUGCAAUUUCAUUCGAAUCAUUUUCACCAGUUUGUCCUUGCAAUCAAUUUGCGUUAAAUGAAUAGAACACGUUUCUGUGCAUGGUUGUUUUAGAGAGGUGUUCCAAAAAAUAACUGGAAAAAAAAAAGUAACUGACUUCAUUGGGGUAAAAAAAAUGGUUGAAAAAACAUAGCUCAAUUUUGUACUAGGUUAGAAAUCCCAACUGGCCGGAGCCGAAACCAGUUUCCUGUUUACAAGCGCAAUGGAAGGGUUAAACUCGGGAAUACCGGGAACAAGUCUAGCUAGCUAGCCACUGGGGCGGGGAUUGAAUUCGGGUUGUCCUCCCCUAUUAUAAUUCCAGAGACAUAACCACCCAGCCACACUGCCUCCCAGAAACGUAGGAAUUGAUCUCAGAAUAUACGUUUUAGAGGUGUGGUCUGUCUUUUGUAAAUUAAUAGAAAUGUCUGUUUAGAUAAAGCCGAUUAUGUUUAAAUUCUGGUUGAGUUCCUUUCUUUGGUAAUAAACCCGGUGUCUCUUUUGUUGGUAAUGUUUUAGUGCUGAUGACUUUGAUUGGACUCGCCAAAGUGGUUCAACAUCAAGCAGAGGGACUGGCCCCGCAAAUGACCACACCUAUGGAACAGCGAAAGGUUAUUACAUGUACAUUGAAACCUCUUCUCCAAGAAGGCCAGGAGACAAGGCAAUGCUUAUAAGCCCCAAAUAUUCAUCAACAAAGGGAAAAUGCCUUCAGUUCUGGUACCACAUGUACGGAAGCCACAUAGGGACACUUAACAUCCGUAUAAAACGCAUGGUUCUUGGAAAGCCCACGUACUUUUUGACAUGGUCUAGAUCAGGCGGUCAUGGAAAUAGCUGGUGGAUUGCUCAGGUACAGCGGAAAAUCUUUCAAAAUAAGCAAUGAAACAUUAUCUUCAAAACAAUAAAAACUUUUGAUCUUGUUACAGAAAUAUAAUGCAUGCUUUAUUUCAUAAUAAGAAGCAAGGCUUACCGACAUUCAUUGUCUGGUGUGAGUGAAAGAAUGUAACUGAAAGAAGAUCAACUUUUUUUCUCAAUAGUCCGAGGCAGUCUUCAUUAUAUAUUAGGAUAUUAGAGAGACAAUAUUCCUUAUGCUAUGCAUCUGCUUUUAUUUAAGGUUGUUUUAGAGUUUUCUCGUGAUCUUGUCAGUAAAAAAAAGGUAUUAUUCCCUGAUAAAACGGCCACUUGCGGUCAUAGACGUUUGGCUGUGUUAACUGAGUGGUCAUAUUACCGGGUAGUUUCUUAUUUCAAGGCUUGUUUCUUUGCUCUCUUCAGUCUUACUAUAAUAAUAAUAAUAAUAUUUAAUACUUAUAUUGCGCUUUUUCUAUAAAAAUACUCAAAAGCGCAUUACAAUAUUAUUAAUAACUAAAUUAAAAACCAGUAAAAUUACCCGGUAAAAUUACAAUAUUUAAAAAUAAAUAAAUAUAUAAAUAAAUAAAUAAAUAAAUAAAUAAUCUAACUAAAAGCCUUUUUAAAUAAAUAUGUUUUAACAGAGCGUUUAAAAGAGUCGAUUGAUGUUUCCUGUCUUAUUGGCAGAGGAAGACUGUUCCAUAAAAAGGGGGCAGCCAUCGAUAACGCGCGAUCUCCCAAAGUCUUCUUCGUUCUUAGCCGAGGUCUUUCUAAUAAUAUACCAUUAUUGUUACGGCGUAGUUGGUAACGUGAGUCCGGUAAGACAGAGACAAGAUCCUUAAGAUAGCUAGGCGCAACACCUUGAAGAAUCUUAAAUGUAACAAGGAGAAUCUUAAAAUCUACGCGCAAGCGCACUGGUAGCCAGUGGAGUUCUCUUAGCAAAGGAGUAACGUGACAGUACUUAGGUGCGCAGUAAACCAAUCGAGUACUGGCAUUCAUGACUCUUUGAAGUUUCUUAAUUUGAUACUCAGGAGCACCGUACAAUAAACCAUUACAGUAGUCAAGCCUGCUUGUGAUGAACGCGUGAACAAGCCUCUCGGUGGACUCACGAGACAAAUACUUCCUAAUGUGCCGGAUAUCGUACAAAUAAUAAAACGCGCUAGCACAAGUCUUAGUCACAUGAGUCGACAUGUCCAGAUGAGAAUCGAACCAGGUGCCCAAAUUGCGCACUGAAGAGGCAGGCGAUACCUCAGCUUGGCCGAUCUUGAUCUUGUCAACGGACACCUUUGAUAACUGUCGUUCCCUGCCAAUGAUCAAGAACUCAGUUUUAUCAUCAUUUAGCAUUAACUUAUCAUCUCUCAUCCAUGCGCGAACGUCACGAAUACAGUUCUCAAUCGCAAUCACAGCAUCAGCCUCGCGAAUUUUAGCAAACCCAAAUAUUCAAAAACAAAUAUAAAGGAUUAUUAUUGAUUGCCUUGAUUUUUCACGACAUUUAGGCCUUUAAAAGUAAGGGUUGUCUCCUUGAAAGCAAUAUAAAAAAUUUUGAAUUUCUGGUCGCCAAAAGGAAAUUAGUCCUUAUUGUUUAUUCGGAAAUGCCCUCCGUUAAAAUUAAAAAAAAAGAAAAACGACAUUUCACGAGUCAAAUGGAAGUGGCCAUUAAAGGGAGGUGGUGUUGUGUUCGGGCCAAUUGUCGGGUUCCUGAAAGAGCCGUUUUAAUCGAUUCUAUUCUCGGGCAGAAUUCAACUAGCUUCUUAAAGAACAUUAUAGAGGAUAAUAAUCUUUAACACACUAGCCCUGGUUCUAAAUUGGUCAUGAAUGCUUUGCUGAGGUAUUUGAAAAUUGUUCCUGUACUGAGGGCAACUACAGUGACAGUGUAUUAAACACGCAUUUUGCAAGUAAAUCCCUGACAACGAUGUUGUGGUCUUUAGUAUUUGACAGUAUUUGAUGUUCUCUUUUUGGAAGGUGACAAUUACAUCAAUUUCUGACUAUUGGCUGGUAUUUGAAGGAGUACGAGGGUCCAGUUAUCGUGGUGAUAUAGCCAUAGACGAUGUAGAGUUACUGGAUAAUGAAUGCCCAUCUCCAGGUGAUUGUGAUUUCGAGGCAGGCAUGUGUACUUGGCUCAAUGUGCCUAAUAAUGAUGAUUUUGAUUGGCUCCGUGGGAGUGGCUCGACACCAAGUUCUUACACUGGCCCUUCCACCGAUCACUCAACGAACUCAUCUGCAGGUAAGUGCUAUAGUGAGAAUUUUAAAACACUUGCUUUAUAUUAAGUAACUAACUUUUUCACUUCAUCUAGGAAAGCAUCCUUCUCUUAGCCAUUUUUCUUGAAGUUCCCAAAAAGAUACACAUGUUCUUUAUUUCUUUAUUACAGCGUAUUGUAAGCUCAGUUGUUGUUCAGUUUAUGCUCUAAGCCCAACCAGGACAUUUCCAACACAAAUAUUUUCCUAACAUGACGUUCGUUUGCCCAUACCAUUUCAUCUCGACGUAAAAAAUAAAAACAAAUACCAUUACCUAAAUCAAAAUAAAAGGAAGUAGAUAGAAGAGAAUUUACAGGAUUACUGUGGGGCUAGAUAUAAGUUUCAAAAGGGUAUGAAAUAAUAUUAGAGAUCAUAUCAGUCAAGGAAAUUAAACAUAAAAUAUUGGAUUGAAAGAGAUAGCGGAAUGAAACUAUUACAUAGCAAUAUUCGAAAGUAGUGAUGAAAGAUGUUUUAUAGUUGCUAAGAUUAAACACAAAUUAGUAUGCUUUUCUGUUGAGUAUUGUUUUUUAAUUCCCUCCAUUUUCAUUUUGCAGGCCAGUACGUGUUCAUUGAGACAUCAUCCCCACGUCAACCGGGUGAUAUUGCGUAUCUCAUCAGCCAGCCAUUUCAUCCAACCAACAGCACUGGUAGAUGCUUGAAGUUCUGGCAUCAUAUGAAAGGAGCAUCGAUUGGCACUUUGAAUGUCUAUAUUUACAGCGGUAGUUUCUCUUCCAUGUAUCUGCUUUGGCAGAGGAAAGGAAAUAAAGGAAACAAUUGGAUGCUUGGACAAACUCCGAUAAAAAGCAGUAUAGAGUAUCAGGUAAAGAUAUUAUGCCAUCAGUAACGGUUGUGACAUUGUUGUUCUUUUGUUUUGUUUUGUUUUGUUUGAGAGAUCUGAAUCCCUGUAUUGUUUCAACAAGACAGUCUCAUGAUGCCUCGUGAAGUGACAGACGACGCAUAUUGCUUUUCAGUCCGAACACGAGGCUAUCCAUUCCUGGAUUUCAUCAAUAAACAACAUCCUUGCGCAAUAACAAUUCAUGUGUGGUAUUUUAAAUAACUUUAUUGGGCAUUGCAUUGUAUAAAUUGUGACUAAUUCUUCGAUUGCAUCACACAAACAAGGCCCUGGGGGGCAAGGACACUGGGAUCAAUUGGGGUUUCUGGGUAACCGACCAACUACCCCUCCCCUGAGUCAACAUUAACUCUUACCUCUCACUUAGGGCAAAAUCGUGUUUUAGGGGAGGGGUAGGUGGGCAGUUAUCCAGAAACCUCAAUUGACCCGGACACUGUAUGUAUUUAUUUCUUUUUAUAGCUUUAUUUGGUUUUAAACAGGUUGUGUUUGAAGGAAUUCGUGGAAAUACCUACACUGGCGAUAUUGCCCUGGAUGAUAUAUCAUUUACUGCUGGUAUGGCGAACUGCAGUGUGCAACCGUCUGAUGCUCUGCCAGCUGGAAUGACUACCGUACGCCCUACUGCUUCAACUCCAUCUUCCUUUAGCCCAACCACUAUUCGUGAGUGGCAGUUUUUUGUUCUGAUAGUCCUCAUGACAUUGUUUUUGAAAUGUUUUAUAAAAAAAUUUUUGAUAAUUAAACUUACAUCAUCACAUUACGUAUACAUUACGUCAUCAGCUGGUGUCGCCUAAUCCCCAUGAAGCAUUCUCCCUUCAAAUCCUCUAAAGAUGGGUUGCAGAGAAGGCGAUAAUGUGGUUUCUCUAGGUGCUGCAUGUUGAUUAAAACACUCAAAGUCCAAGUUGCAUCAGGAAUGGAUUGUCUCUACCAGCUCUCUAGGAGGCAAUAUCGGCAAGGACCUGGCAGGCUGCAAAAAGGGAAAGGCUAAAUAAAAGAAUUAUCACGUUUGAAUCUUUCUAGAUGCCCUAACGUAGCACGCGGACCACCGCCAUAUUAUCUGAACUGCACUCCACAUGUUUAGUGGCCCAUAAGUUGCCCCGUAUACGUAAAUGGACUGAAAACACCACUAGGAACAAUUUUCAUAUGCGAUCGACAACAUUAAGGCUGCAGAGAGGAUGACUACUCACCAAAAUCAUCAUCAUCAUCAUCAUCAUUAACAUUAUCGGUCAACUGAGGAGCUGUCGACUCUAAGUCUUCUCCAACUGGCUCGGUCAUGGGCAGUUCACACGAUGUCAGCCUCGGCGAGAUGGUUGUUGUGGUCUAUCAAUUCCUGGAUUUGGGGGGGAAAGGUGUCCCCUGGGUCUUCUCGCUUUGGUGGGCUCAUACAACAUGUAGAUUUUUUCAGGUUCGUCUUUCUUCCUGCGCAACAUGAGUAGUUAGAUAAUUGUCAGGCUAGUGCCAGUAAGAUCUUAGGUUCUGUCAUUUGAGACUUUCUCCAGACGUUUGAUGUUCAACAUGAUUUUAUAGCAUGAGGUGACAAAAGCAUUUAGUUUCGCACCCAUCUCUUUGGUGAUUAUACACGUUUCGCAGCCAUGCAGUAGAAUGGAUAGACACGUUGUCCUAAAGAGUUACAGUUUCAGGUCCAAAGGUAUUGUCUGUGACACCAGAUCGUUUCGAGGCUUUAUAAUGAAGACUAUGCGAGCGCCAUCCAACGCUUGAUGUAGUUGACGCUACUAGUCACCAUGGAUUCUAGACAGCGUAAGUCGCUAACCUUCAUUAUUGUAGAUUACCUCAUAACCGAGUGUACCUGUGAGUCGGAUAGGGCCGGAAACUCUGUUAGGGUUAGCCACUGAAGCGAAGACAAAAAAAGAUCUAAAACCAUCCCAAGAAUGGAAAGAUUCUCACCAUUAACAUUGGUCUGGGCAGAAGUCAUAGUCAAGCAUGAUUGGGCAGUAAUCUUGCCCAAAGGCUGAAAAAACGAUUAACCAUAUUCAAACCGGGCGUUUUUGCUUCGUACGACUGGGGGUUGGGGGAGAGGACCCCGUACUGCCACCAAAAUUACACACAAUAAUUUACUUAUCAUUUUACAACUUCUUUGCACAACUUGAUUGAAUCAAUGACGCAAUAUGAAGUCAUACUGUUGAAUUUAUUUGCAGAAUCCAAAUUUCCCGCAAAGUAGACACAAAGUGAAAAAUUCUUAAAUAGUAAGGUCUCUGAUAAAAUCAAGGAAGUUGGCUAACUCAUAAAUGAUAGCAGUGAUGUCAUCACGACGUCAAUUGUUACAAAAUGGAAGUGGCAGCAUUCGCCAUCUUGGAUCCGCCAUUUGGAAUUAUUAAAAUGUAUUCCAUUUCACUUAAAACUCGCAUAGUUCGAGGUAUUUUAUACAUAAAAGUUAAUCCAAGUAUGAGUGAAAUGAACACCGUUGAAAAUUUAACUCAGUAACUGUCAUAUGGUCAUAUUAAACUCUAUUUUUUCUCUCUCAAACUAGUCACUAAAAAGCCUGGAUUUCAUUAAAAGUUACAAUAAGGUUGAUAAAAUAAUACGAAAUUAAGUUUCAUGGAAUAAUUCAAUCACUAAAAAAAGAAAUAAAACCUACUUUGAAGAGAAAAUGAAAAAUUUGAAAAACAUGGUUGUCAAAUUUCGGUAGUCAUGGUAACAUCAAUGUUGACGUACACGUCACGGCGACUUUAAAAUGUGCCGAGACAAAUUUUAGGAAAAGUCGCUAAAUGUGGUGGUCCUAGCUUGAACGAUUUAGAAGUUUUUCAAUUUUGAGGCGCCAUUGAUCAAAGGACUAGCGCUAUGUGCCGACAUUCCAGGAACAGUAGAAAUUGGCAGCACUGGCUAACUGUUUUCGAGCUUGUUCAGGGCAUUGUAAGGGUAUGGGUACAUAAGCGACCAGUCCACCACGUCUUGUUGUAAAAUUACCAAAAGAUUAACCUGCUAAGUAUGGAAGUGGCAGAUUCUCGAAGGUGAAAUUAUUUUGUCGAUAACCCAAAUUCCCGUCAACAAGCAUGCACAUGACGUUUAUGAAAGACACUCCAACGUUGCCGCCUGGAUUCACGACAACGCGCUGCCUAAGGCUUAAGACAAAGCGAGAACAAGUUACUGCUCAGAUAUUACAAAGGAGGGCGAGGUAGUUGCGAUAACUGGUAGAGUCAAUGACGUUCUACGCAUCCAAAUAGGAAGAAGCCGGGGAAGACAGCUGGCUAGAAUCCAACAUACAGGGUGAACUGUUGUCAGUCUAACAGCCCAACUGAAACUGUGAGACAUUUGAAGUAGAAAAUGAGAAUACUAGUGUUUAACGCUGAACGAGAGAGGAUGGCUUAAAAGAGCUUCAAGUUCAACACAACACUGUCACGCCAAAGGCUGCAACGCCCUUUGGCAGGACGAGCAACUGGAGUCCUGGCACAUGCACAGCUGCAAUUAGUGCUGACCGCAAGGGAAGACUGGUCCUGAAGACUGGUCCUCCUCGAUUUGUAUUAUACUUCAGUGCAUUAAUUCCGUUUUUCUUUUUUGAUAUCGUGGGAUGUUUUAACAUGGCAACAAAAUACAAAUAUUGUUUGUCAGGUGCAAUUGCGUAAUUAAUAAUUUCAUGGGACAGUCUAAGGAGCAUAACAAAAGCACUUAAAGCAGUACAUUUAUUGUUUGUUGAUGGAUAUUAAAAAUCAGGAGCAUUAACAUGGACUAAAACUAAUCAGCUGUGCAGAUUUUCUGCCUUUUCUGUUGGUAUCUUUCUAGAGGAUUAAAUAACAUAAUACUAGACAAUUCAUGAAGAGAAAAAAAUUUCUCUGCAGCAAGCGUGGGUUUUAACUGCACCUUCGAAAGCAGCCUCUGUAGUUGGACUCAAGGUAACACCGAUCAGUUUAACUGGACUCGGACAUCGGGAUCAACACCUUCAUCCUCAACUGGACCUUCUGUGGACCACACAACAGGCACUGGUAAGUGAUUGUUUUGAGUGCAUUUACUUUAUACAUGGAUCGAUACUUUACCAUUUUAGGUAGUAAUUCUACCUAAUAGAUAAGACAUUGACUGAGCUAUUUCACUUCUGUCUCCCUCUUUAAAAUGAGCACUGAAUCUAACUUAAAUUUUAUCUUUUAAAAGCCAUGUAUCCACUUGGAAGAAAGCAAAAGAAAGUAGCUAGCAGAAAUGUUAAGAGGCAAUGUCCCUAAAAGCGUUCCACUCGAUUUCAGACUCGAAAACACUUUUGCCUCAUAUUUAUAUCAUCAAUACCACUAUCCAUCCUUAUAACGAAAAUGCAGUUAGAAUGACGAAAUAGUUUAUUUUACUGCCAUUAUCAGCAUUUCAUCUCUGAACGACCGUUACCGGCUAAAAUAUGCAAAUUUUAGACGCUGUUAUUCAGGUUUUUCAAGGAUCGUUAAAAGCUACUGCGGGCCGUUAAAACCUAGACCAUUUGUACUCAUUUGGAAGUAUAUUGCUUCUUCUUACUGUUCCAAUACGAUUUAGCCGUAUUUCUCUGUAAUCAGCAAAAACAGGUUAUCGUUGUUCUAGUAAUUCAAUUAAGUAAGCAAACUGCACCAAAAUAUGCCUCAGAAAUUUCACAAAAUUCUUAAAAGUGGCACCUAACCGAGACUUAAAAACAUGUUUUAGUUAAAGAUAAAGAGGUAUUCUAUCAAUUUAUGCAAUAAAACUUGUGGCACAACGCGGUUCAGAAUUAAAGUUUUCGAUUCAAAUUUGCAUAUUGAUGCCGAAUUUUCAUUGCGUGACACAGGCUGCUUUGACAGAAAAAUUUCUCGUCCAGUUAUUCAAAUAUUUGCCACGUCUUCUAUUUUCCAACCAAAAACUAAUUUAUCUCUCUCUUCUUCCUUCUUCAAUGAUACCUGUUGUUCCAAAAUUCCGCAGGUGUACGUAAGAUGCAGUUUUAAGCUUGAUAAAAUACCCAGUUAUCCCACCAUUUGUGUUAAAGUGCAGUGUUCUUUAAAUUGUCAAGAUGCAGAUUUCAAAUUUCUUUUCAGAAACAAACCUCUUUUACUUUAAAAUGUGGUCCAGUGUGAAGCAGCUGCAUUACCCAGUAUUUGAUACGACUUUAUCUCCAUCACAUUUUAAAAAGAACGUAAGAUGUUAAAAAAGUAAAUCUCCCACAGCGUUAUUAAAUAUGCGCGAACAGGUCAGAAACUUUUGGACAAGAACUACAAGAACUGGAAUGCGGACCGCGAAUAAAUAGUUUUGCUUUAUUUAAUUAUCACUUAACAGGAGCACACAUCUUUAUCUAAUUUAAAGACCUUUCCUAAUGAAAUUUCAAUAAGAUGGUUUCGUCCUGUCGCUGUCUGUUUCUUCUAUUGAGAGUGGUCAGCUAUAUUGCACACGCUCCUUGGUCCACAGUCCGGGAUCCAACGCUACCCACUUACCCAGCCAGUUGGCAGCGAAGUUGGCACGCGCAAAUACUACAGCGCUGAUACCACAACUUCAACAUGAAUUUCGAAUCGUGCAGCUUUAGGCAAAUUAAGAAAAUAGCGUGUGGAAGUUCGCGCAAUUUGUCUCAAAUGGUUAAAGUAGAUGAAUGUCAGGACACAAUUACGACUCAGCUUGAAACCUGUCAUCUAUCAAAGUCUGGACUCAGUGAAGCGGAACUAAUACUGUCAAGGGCCGGUCAUUUUGACCUUACGAAAGAUCAAAUACAACAGAUGGUAAUUUGCCCACAACAUCGGCAUAAACUCGGAAAAUUUUGGCGGCCACCUCGUUCUUGCCAGUAUCCAUCGCAUAGUGGACCAAGAAAAAAACAUUGUAACGAAAGGCAUGUAAUUGGUUUGGAGACUGCGAAGAACAUACAGUCGGUUUUUAAAGUCACCGUGGGAAUAGGAUCACGUAAGAAUUAAAAAUACCACGUGACGAGGCGGCCAUGGUGGGGGUCAAAACAAAAGAAUAUUUCCUCGAAGAAUUUACAUGAAAAUAGAUUUUAGUUCCCAGAGGAGAGAAAUGCUUUUGUUCUUGACCACCAACAUGGCCGCCGUGACGUCACGUGCAAACCAGCAAUACCGUAAAAUUCCGAAAAUAAGCCCCGGGGAUUAUAUUUUUCAAAGACCGUUUUUGAGGGGCUUAUUUUUGGAGGGGCUUAUAUACGGAGGAAAAUUUGGGUGUCAAAAUCGAUUGGGCUAGCCAUAGAAGUACAUUUACCGUUUUUGCUUUGUUUUACUUUGUAUUUAAGGGCAAUUUUCCAAGUACAAGCCCCGGGGGGCUUAUAUUUGGCGGGGCUUAUUUUCGGAAUUUUACGGUAAUUUAAUUACUUAAUUCUUUAUCAAGAUGAGUGUUUUUCUUCUUUGAGAAGACAAAGGGAAAAGGGAAAAAUUUUUGAUGAUAAUGAUAAUGACGACGACGAUGAUGAUGACGAAGUACUGUAAUUGUUACUGUUGUCAUAAAAAUUGCAAGACCAUGAUGAACUCAGUAGUUCACUCAAUCUUUUCUAUUCAGCAAUAUGUGGGAAGUGUAGAAGCAAACAUAAGGAAGUGAUGGACAAAAGUAGGAAAUGGCUUAAGUUAGAUGCUGAUAAGGAAGAAGAAUGCGAUCCGCAUCACAGUGCUGCAGCUUACGGCUUAAGAAACAGGUAAACGAUCGCUGUUGGCGGCUAUCUACCUCUCCUUGUAGACGCCUCCAUUCUCCGUGUUGAUGAUGUAAAAAAUUGACCUCUGAACAAACUUCUUAAAGGUCUUGGGAUAUCUAAACACUUUUCUGAAAGAUCCGCAUUUGGCCCGUUCAGGACCAAAGGUACACACCGGGUUUACUAAAUUACGCGCUGCGGCAUAUAUCAUUCCGAUUUUGCGACUCAACUGCUGCGCUCAUUUGCGGAAUGCGAUUAUUUUGAGGGCGGCGUUUACUUAAAAAUCCUCAUAGAUUUAUAAAAAAAAUGGUUACUUUUGGCAGAAAAAAUGGGCUUGCUAACUUUCGCCGUUCCGAACUACAAAACAGUGCUAGGCACAAAAAUAAGUUUCCCACACUGUUUUAGGAAGAGUGUCAUGUUCGGAUUGGUGGGGGGUGGGGUGGGGUUUUAAAUAGAGGCAGCACUUCAUCAAGGGUGACGCAAUAUUGCGUCCAUAACAUAUGUCGGUUUACUUAAGAUGUCAUUUUCCAAAAGUGCCAAAAUGUUUUGUUUCCAACUCUUGGCGAACUGUAGUGCAGUGUUAACAAAACAAAUUUUAAAGACGCCUUUUAUUUUAUCAGGCUGCUAAAAGAAACUUUCGCGCCUGAGACACCACAAACGGACAGGCUUGCAGGCGCUAACUGGACGCCUGGAUGUUGGAGUGGGGUUGGUAGCGGUAGUUCGCAGGAAGACAUACAUACAGACGAAAUUCCUGAAGUAUCCGAUGACGUCGUUGCUGAUUUUAACGAGGGAAUGGCGAAAAUAGCUAGACAUUCAAAAAGGGAAGACCUCACGCCACUAACAUUCCAACUGUCCACGACAUGGGAGGAAGCAAUACCGGAUGAAAGAAAAACUUGCAUAGAGAAAGCAACGAAAGCAUGUGAAGUAAUCUGCAGUGUUAUAGCUCCGAAAGACGGCGAAAAACUUUUUCAAGCGAUACACCAGCCUACCGCGAACGAUCUUGAUGAACCAACAGAGGAUCUUAUUGCCUUGAUGUCCGCAUAUCGAGAUGCCAUGACAAAAAAUGUUAAGAUUCAAAUACUCAGCAUCUACGCUUAUCGGUAUACCAUGAAGCUGUUACAGAAAUUCCACGAGCCUUAUGAAAAGAUAAGUUUGAGACAAAUAAAAAGGGCGAGAUCGCAUGCAAGGAAACGAGGGCCGGGGUCAAAUGUCCCGAAAGUAUUCAGCCAUCGAGUACGUCUGGACACAAACAAAGUCGACCACUUUAUAGAUUUUGUAAACCGUCCUUAUUUCUACCAAGACGUCGCCUUUGGAACGCGAACACUGACCUUAGAUGGGGGAGGCAAAAUAACAAUGCCCAACGUAAUCCGGACCGUGACUAGAUCGACCAUGAUUAUGCAGUACCUUCAACAUUGCGAAGAAGAAUCAUUUGAACCGGCUAGCCGCUCAACCCUUUGUCGCAUUCUUGAAGUGAGAGAGGCUUCACAGCAGAAGUCUCUCAGUGGUCUGGACAACAUUGCAGCAGAAGGGGUCGCAUCUUUUGAGCGGCUGUUGAGUAUUCUAGAAGAGCUGAAUCAGGCUGGUGCCGAAAAAAGAAGAGUUACAGAACUGGCAAAGAAAUUGAACGAUGGGAAAAGAUACCUGAAGACGGAGUUUAAAGUGAACUGUUCAGCAGAGGAGAGUGAGUGCGCAGACCACUGCAGAAAAUUUGCGUUAAGCGAUCCAGUUGAUCCAUGCUUCAACCAUCAGUGCUCACACUCACACAAUAUGGUGUGUGAACAAUGCGAACAAUUGAAGGCAACGUUAGACGAGAUGGAAGAAAGUAUAAAGAAACACUCCAGCCAUCUUUACAGCCAAGAACAAAAGCAUGAUCUUCUUUACGAUUUUGAAAGAUCUAAGAACUGCAUUUUUCUUUGGAAAUCUCAUGCCUUACGCUCUGUCAACCAAGAAUCUGCUAAACAAGAAGCCCUCCAAAGUCUUGACAGUCAGUCAGUCCUUGUUGUUAUUGACUGGGCGAUGAAAUUUCUUCAAAUGAAAUACAGAGAAAAACAAAGUGAAUGGUUUGCUAAAAGAGGCCUUAGCUGGCAUAUAAGCAGUGUGAUCUCAAAAGACCAAGAAACGCAGAAAGCUAAGGUCCUAUCGUAUGCCCAUUUAUUAGAUUCGUGUUGUCAAGAUUGGUAUGCGGUGGUAUCUAUUUUAGAAAACCUUUUUCAAAACAUCAAAAUAAAUUUUCCAAAUGUUAAGCAUGCAUUUCUACGUUCUGACGAGGCUGGCUGCUACCAUUGCAAUCACCUAAUAGCAGCAGUCAAAGAUAUUGGAGAUCGAGUGGGAAUUACAGUUGCACGUUAUGAUUUUUCAGAACCCCAGCAAGGAAAGGAUGUUUGUGACAGGGUGCUUUGUCCCAUGAAAGCAGCCAUAAGAAAGUAUUGCGCGGAAGGCCAUGACAUCAUGAACGUAGGAGCAAUGCACGAGGCCCUUAAGGAACGGCCUGUCAAAGGAACGACAGCGGCUGUAUCCAUUUUGGAUGAGUCAUCCAAAAUUCUUGAGGUUCAGAAGAUAAAACAAUUUAGUGAGUUACACAACUUUAGAUACGAAGAGAGUGGGAUAAGAGUGUGGAAAGCUUACGCUGUUGGGGUCGGCAAGCUUAUCCCUUGGCAAUCUUUGUACAUACGGCACCAGGGCUGCACAAAUAUAUCAUUAAUGGAGGGAAAAGGAUUCUUCACCAACACAGAAAUAAGAGACCUUCAUCGCCCAAGAAAGUGUCAAGCAAGGAAAGACAACGUUGAAAUUGAUGAUCAGCCAUCGAUGUUUGUGUGCCCUGAAGAAGGCUGUAAUUGCACUUUUGACUCUUUCUCCGAACUUGAGUUGCAUACAGACGUAGGAAUACAUGAUAACAGGAAGUCGGAAAGUCUUUAUGAUAAAGUACGGAAAAACUGGGCUGAAAAAUUUUCUUCUAUUGAGAACCAGAAGUUAACAAGCAACAAAUCCGCCACUGGUCUGACUGUUAACAGCACAAAUUCUCGUCUAAGUAUCGGAUGGGCUCUUAACAAAGGUAGAACUGGCGGAGUUCGUUUUUCUGAGAACGUGAGACGGUACCUUACAACAAGGUUUGAAAUGGGAGAAAGAACGGGCAAAAAAGCCAAUCCAGAAGAGAUCGAACGUCAAAUGCGCAACGCCAGAAAUGAACGGAAUGAAAGAUUGUUUCAAAGAGAGGAGUGGCUCACCAAGACUCAAAUAAUGGGGUUUUUUUCACGCCUCGCUUCACGGCAGAGAACUCGCGGUCAGGAUGCUAUAUCAAAGGAACAGACAUUUGAUAUUACAGCAGAUGAGAAUGACGACAUCGACGCCCUCAUUGGAGACUCUGAUCGCAACAAUUUGCUUGACGAUAUUCAAAGCAGAAUUGGACUAGAGCAUCCGAUAGUAUAUGACACAUAUGAUCUUUGCGCCUAUCACAAGGAAGGAAAGCUACAGGCCUUCAAUGUUGCAAUGCUCAAGACUAUUCUUCGGCACUUUGAAGUACCUUUCCGAGCAAAAGAUAGAAAGGCAGACCUUAUUAGGUUGUUAACGGAGGUUAUCCAAGAAUGCAACUGCUGAAUAGAGUCUACUGUCCCUUUUAUCAGACAAAAGGGACAACAAUAUUUCUUCUUGUAACUGAAUCAAUUAAGCUUUUAUUGUGCAAGUCUUAGUUAAUUUUUUUUUUUCCGAAAAUUCUUUGGCAUGUUGAGUUUUUUCGUAUUUGUUAUGUGACUUUUACCCGAUGACACGAAACGGAGACGCUUAAUUCGAUAAAAUAUUUAAAUAAUCUAAUUGUUUUCUUAUAAACCCGCCAAUCGAACACUGUCGAGCUCACUUAACUCACUGUCCAUCACGGAAUAACCAAAGUUCGAGAAAUCAAAAUUCCAACUAGAAUUCAAGGCUCGAUCUUCAACUGUCCAGUCUGUCUCGGAAUUCCCAGAAGAGAAAGCACAUAGAAUAACAAACCAAAUACAGACUGAAAUAUGACCAUUAUGACUGAUGCUAGAAUUUUCAUAUAUCGAACUUAAGCUACUGACAACGUGUAGCACGGCCUAUUAUAUUUGCGAUUAGUGGUUGGUUGAUUCAUCAUGCCUUAAUAAUGUACUAUAUGACCUACUAUUACUAAAGUUGCUUAAGUUAAGGUAUCUAGACAUUGACUGUACACAUUCCACCGUUUUCAAGCAAAAAUAGCAAUCAGUUUAGUCGUGAUGGGAAUUCAUAGACAUGUAAUUAAAAUGUGGACUAGACGUGAAUAGACACCCUAUUCUGGUUUUCGAUUCCUCGGCUUUUGGAGUCCAAUCCCCAUUUUGACAAGUUAUCUUUAAGGACUACCGUGUACUCUCGUCCCAUACAGCGUAAAGGUCAAUUCGUGAAGGACUUGCCCGCUGUAAAAUGUUAAUACUUAAUUUUACCGGUAAAAAAAAUGUUCCCUAAAAACGCAACUGUUGUAUGCCGAAUAAAGCACUUUUGGAAGGGCGAGACUAACAAAGGUUAGUGGCAAAGGUAAGUAAACUUAAUGGUUUACACUUCCGUUCAGUUUUCCUGUAAAUAAAGUACAAAAAAAGUUGCUUAAUGGCAUUUUUUAUUAUUUUUAAGCUUAAUAAUAUCAAUAAUUAUAACAAAAUAUUACAACAAGCAAAUGCGAUGACCUUUCUAAAGUCUCGCCUGUGACUAUGCUUCCAAUGAAAGCGUUAAAACGAUUUAUUUAGUAAAUAAAAAUUAAGGUUUGGCUGCUGAACUUUUAGGAAUAAUUAUAUUUCUGAAGAUCUAUUUAUUGAAAAAGGAAGAAGAGGAAGAAAAAUAAUUUUUUGCGGUUAAAAAAACAUAUUUUACUUCCGAGCGGCAAGUAUUUGGAGAAAUUUCCCGUCGAAGCAGCCGGUGUCACGCAACGCGAAUUCUGCAUCAAUAUGUAAAUUUGAGUCGAAACCUUCAAGUCUGAAUCGCGUUGUGCCACAAGUUUUAUUGCAUAAAUUGAUAGAAUACCUCUUCAUCUUUAACUAAAACAUGUUUUUAGGUCUAGGUUAGGUGCCACUUUUAAGAAUUUUGUGAAAUUUCUGAAGCAUAUUUUGGUGCAGUUUGCUUACUUAAUUGAAUUACGAGAAUAACGAUAACCUGUUUUUGCUGAUUACAGAGAAAUACGGCUAAAUCGUAUUGGAACAGUAAGAAGAAGCAAUAUACUUCCAAAUGAGUACAAAUGGUCUAGGUUUUAACGGCCCGCAGUAGCUUUUAACGAUCGUUAAAAACCUGAAUAACAGCGUCUAAAAUUUGCAUAUUUUAGCCGGUAACGGUCGUUCAGAGAUGAAAUGCUGAUAAUGGCAGUAAAAUAAACUAUUUCGUCAUUCUAACUGCAUUUUCGUUAUAAGGAUGGAUAGUGGUAUUGAUGACAUAAAUAUGAGCCAAAAGAGUUUUGGAGUCUGAAAUCGAGUGGAACGCUUUUAGGGACAUUGCCUCUUAAUAACAACUCUAGGUGCCGAUCAGGGAGGUGUUCAUUAUAGAGAUCUCUAAGUUAUGAUUUAUUUGCUGUGUACCUUGACCCGUUGAACAAUCCUUGUUAAAGGUUUAAAUAAAGAACGUAUUGCCUUUCGCUGUUCUCAUGUCGUAAAAACGAUAUUGCCCUGUAUGCAAUGGAUAACGCAACUGGUUUUCCUAAUACUUCUCCACUGGAUAGUGAUUUAUCAGUGAGUACAAUACACCCUUAUUGAUGCCUUUUACUCUAAUGUGAAGUUACUCGUUUUCUACUUUAUCCCUCCCAUACUCAAAGUUGAUUCUGCAUGGGGCUGUGCUCAGGGUAAGGUUUCAAAAAUAGUUGACCCUCAAAGUUGUUUCAAUCGUGUGAAAAGCACAAUACUUGCUGCUUUAUUUUUGUCAAGGUUUCAUUUGUUGGGGAAAAUGGGGACUUGAAAAUAAGGAACGUUCAAGAGCUUAAUUCAAGUCCUGGCAGAGCAUUUGAUCCAGGACUGUCAAAUUCAUGAAGAAUAUUCAAAAACCUCUUGGGUUAGCACUAUAUUUUAACUGUACUGUCUUCGCUAUAACAGUCUGUCACAUUUAUAUUAUUUUUGCGAUCUACGAAACGCGAUCUUUUGCGAUCUUAAGAAACGUCACCACCUGAUCGAAGUGGAAUACCACAAUGUUAACAAACCAGUUUGACGGUUCAUUAUCAACUUUAAAGCUCUAACUACAUUCUGUUGUACACUUUCAGCAAGUGGAUGGUAUAUAUACAUAGAGUCAUCUUUCCCAAGAAAGCCAAAUGACACAGCGAAGCUUAUAAGUUCAGUUGUCCCCGGCACAACUGCUUAUGGUGGAAAGUGUUUGUCGUUUUGGUAUCACAUGUAUGGAACACACAUCAGUACUCUUAGUGUCUAUUUAAGAAGUGGUUCCCAUGACACCCUUCUGUGGUCAAAGGCAGGAACGCAUGGAGACAAGUGGCUUCAGGCAGUAGUCACAGUCAAUAGCAGGACUCGUUUUCAGGUAAGACUUGCAAUUUUUGGCAAGAAAAAAAAGUCAUUUACACGGACUUGCAGUGUCAACGAAUAGGCCAUGAAAACAGAGAAAGAGAAUUCAUGAUAUGCAUGUACAAUUCAGCCACCGUCCACUAACCGUCACCCCCUGACGUCACAGAUUUUCGCAGAUUUUUUUUCUUUCGCGUUAUCAGGCUUUCGGGGGCAAACAGAUUAGUUUACCUCACGCGCUGUACUGGAAGAACUGAAGCUUUCUUAAAAAUUAAUUUUUUUUUUCUGUUCAGGUUGUAUUUGAGGGAGUUCGUGGUUCGAGCUUUCGAGGUGAUAUAGCAAUCGAUGACAUCGUUAUUAAAAAUGGUUUCUGCCCAGCCUUGAAAGCUUGCUCAUUUGAAGAUGUUCAAAUGUGCGGAUGGACAAAUGAAAAGAGGUAAAUUGAUUAAUGUUGUUUGUGUUAGCCUGCGGUAUUGUUUAAGAGUAUUAUUUAAGCCUCGAACCAAUAGUUUUUGCUACAAAAUAAAAAUUUGAUAGCAAAACUGAGCAGAAACGUUGACAAAGCUAAUAAAAGGAGUAGCUGGGUAUCUUUGUAUUUUCUAAUUCGAAAGGCCAGCAAACAACACCAUUAAAAGAAAACCACUAAAAUAGCAGGAACUCACUUGCUUUUGGUCCAUCCUAUAGAGGUGUCCGCUCAGGGAAAUUUGACGUCUUUUUUUUUCAAUUAUACUUUGGUUUUAAACCUGGUGUCCGUUUAAUUUCUUGAUAAUGUUUUAGUGCUGACGAAUUUGAUUGGACACGCCAGAGUGGCUCGACAUCAAGUUCUGGCACUGGCCCUACAAAUGAUCACACCUAUGGAACAGCGAAAGGUUAUUACAUGUAUAUUGAAACCUCUUCUCCAAGAAGGCCAGGAGACAAGGCAAUGCUGUCGAGCCCAAAAUAUUCAUCAACAAGAGGAAAAUGCCUUCAGUUCUGGUACCACAUGUAUGGAAGCCACAUAGGGACCCUAAAUGUUCAGAUAAAGCGCAUGGUUCGAGGAAAACCUACAUACAUUUUGAUGUGGUCUAAAUCAGGCGAUAAUGGAAAUCGCUGGUGGAUUGCUCAGGUACACAAAGAAAUUUUUAAUGAAAGUUAAAGACAACUACAGGAAUGAUUUUGUCACAGAGGUGCGUACUUCCAUCAUAAGAGCAAUUAAAAUAGCAGUUGUUUCUGAAAAAGAAACCUAGAAACGGGAAGAAGUUCACUUUUUCUUUCAACAGUCAAAGACACUAUAACACAAUUAAAACAUGAAAGGCAUUAGUAAGAGACAGGUAUUGUUGUGGCUAUAAACAUGUCUUACUCUGCUCAGGAGGAAAAUUACAUGAAUAUAAUUAGAUCAGUAAUCAAGAAAGCAUUCGUAUUAGGGAACCUUGUUCUACGACCAGAAACAGGUUACAAAAACUUGGGUGGUUUUAGUUUGCUCUUUAACCAUUUUAGGGUAAGGUCGUCAUCAUUGAUGAACUUGCAUUGUCAGGUUUCCCAUGCCACAUUUCAUUUUUAUUUCAAAAUAAAGAUUCAAAGGCUUCAAAUUGCUAUAAACUUCAGUUGGUGCUAGAACCUCCUUGAAGUUCUUUGUGCUGGCAAAAUUAUUGCAGCACAAAAUCUUAAAACAGAAUCUAACGGGAAUAUCAUUGCCUCGAUUUUGCACAGCCUGGAGUCCUUGAAUUGUCCUUGAAAUUGGAAUUCCUUGAAAUGUCAGUAGGGGGGUAUGGGCUUAUACAGGUAACUUUUAGGGCGUGAAACGUUUUUGUCCGAGCAGAGUGUGGACCCGAGGGUGAGUGGGCUGAGGGGCAAUUGGACCCGACGGAGUCGGUUCGUGGGAUCGCGUUCAAGCGAUCAAGAAACGAGCGUGGCGCGUGGAAAUUCGUGUUAAUGUGUGAGUUAAGCCCCAUUUAUACGACAAUCAUUUUGGGGUCGUCACUCCUAAAUUUUGGCACGCGGGCCGUAAAUCUAGGGCACGGCCUGCGUCAUUUACACGACAAAAAUGAGUUCGAUUUGUUUCAAUGUUUAUUUCGGGAAGGUACCCCUGAAAGGAAAAGCACUCUUAAAAUAUUGAGCCAUCAGGCAUUUUUACAGCAGUUCCCGAGGCCUUGACAUAAAAUUCUGGCCAAACGUCACCCGCACUAGGCGAUCAGCAAAGGAUCAGGAUAAUAUUUCGCAGGUUGUACAAAACAUUGAAGUCGUAGUAGUAAAAAAAAAAUAGCGGAUACACGAAUACAAAAAGCAAUUUUAUGGGUUUUAAGCUCACGAAGAAGAAAACGAAACGAAGGAAACGAAACUAGGUCACCAUCUGAACAACUUUUUAAGGUACUUAAACGCCGACAGUACGGCUUUUUGCAGGCUUUUUUUAGCUCCUCCUUGACUGAGAGACCUUUGGACACAUCCUUGCUCUUUUGCAUGGUUUGACAUGGUUGAAGCAAGAUUUACUUAUGGUAGUAAUAUAAAACUUCAGAAAAACCCGUGUAACUUUUGAAUAUAUUUUGCAGGAGAUUUCCGAAGAUAUUGCUCGUCCGGAUACACCGAUGCGAAAGGCCGUUACUCUAAAUCGUCGACUAGCGAUAAAAUUGUAUUAUCUCGCUUUCGCAUCCGAAUAUAGAACUAUUGCAAAACUUGUUUAUUUGGGUGUCUACGUCGUUUGUGUGUACUUGUGGCAAGGAUGUUUUUGAAGCUAUAACGAGAAGAAGGGCGUAAGUGAUUUCACAUCGGUGACGGAAUGCCCCGCAAAAUCUCUUUUCGGCCCGCGGGCCACUUUUUAGGCGGGACAGGACGACCUCGAAUUGGCUGCUUUUUUUAGAGCUUGCACAAUUUACAUUCCUGUUUCCAAUCUGGUAUUGAGCAUUCGCUUCCCCACUUUGUUCGCUGUUUUCUUUAUAAAAAGGUGAUGCUGUGCGAAACAGUGAGCGGAACAUGCCACCUACGCCAUUACCCCCUUGACCAUAAGGAUGCGUUCCCCCAUAGACACUCCAUCGCUUCAUUGUAUAAAGGGUAUGACUUGCUGAUGAUAGGGGUAAAAUUCGUGGUUCGUAGGCAACAGCAUGUUAAAGAAUUGCACGGCGUCGAAAAUGCAAUUUGACGCGAUUGAUACUUGAUGUAAAUGAUAAUAAUAAUAAUAAUAAUAAUAUUUAAUACUUAUAUUGCGAUUUUUCGAUAAAAAUAUACUCAAAAGCGCAUUACAAUAUUAUUAAUAACUAAAUUAAAAACCAGUAAAUUACCCGGUAAAAUUACAAUAUUUAAAAAUAAAUAAAUAAAUAAAUAAAUAAUCUAACUAAAAGCCUUCUUAAAUAAAUAUGUUUUAACAGAGCGUUUAAAAGAGUCGAUUGAUGUUUCCUGUCUUAUUGGCAGAGGAAGACUGUUCCAUAAAAAGGGGGCAGCCAUCGAUAACGCGCGAUCUCCCAAAGUCUUCUUCGUUCUUAGCCGAGGUCUUUCUAACAGUAUACCAUUAUUGUUACGGCGUAGUUGGUAACGAUGGAUACUCUAGCAGGCAACAUAAAAUUUUAGCCAUUUCAAAAAACGCCUGGUAUUAAUAGUGAAUGGGCUGUAAGUGCCCGGGCCAGAAAAUACUAGUAUUGAUCAGACAUUUUUUUUUUACGCUAAACUCUUAAAGGGAUGAAUAUUGUUAUAUCAAAGUUUCUUCUUCGACACUAGUUCUCGCUGCUUGAUGUCACUCACUCUUCUUGCAGGUCACAAUAACAUCAAGUUCUGACUACUGGCUGGUAUUUGAAGGAAUACGAGGGUCUGGUUAUCGUGGUGACAUAGCGAUAGACGAUGUAGAGUUACUGGAUAAUGCAUGCCCACCUCCAGGUGGUUGUAACUUCGAGGCAGGCAUGUGUACUUGGCUCAAUGUGCCUAAUAAUGAUGAUUUUGACUGGCUUCGCAGGAGUGGCUCCACACCAAGUUCUUACACUGGCCCUUCCACCGAUCACACAACAAACUCAUUUGGAGGUAAGUAAUAGAGUGAGAAUUAUUCUUAAAACAGUUGCUCUACAUGUAGUAAGCAAUCUUUGUCAUUUAAUCUGAGAAGGAUUACUUUCUUUGGCUUCUAAGAAUUUUAAUUCAUUCAAAGAUUUUCAAUCUGACCAAAUACAGACAAGCUCUCCUAAAUUAUUGACUGCUUAUUAAGCAUGCAGGAAUUCCGAUUUGAAUUUGACGCUAGUUACGGAGACGACUAACGGAUUUAUUUUUCAAAUAAUCAAUUCAUUAAUAGAAUCUUGGGAGGUACGCUAGACAAGUUUUGGCUGUAAGGCAAAUACUCCUAAGAUGACAUUUCUUUGUGUUAAACAUUUUCAUUUUCCGGCAGUUGUUGUUUUCAAUGCUUUAAUGUCAGCUGUGUCCCUUGAGUUGCACUGUAAGUGAGACCGCGUUUUUUCAUCCAUUGAUUAUUUCACUAUAUCAGCUUCACUGGAGAAACAAAGCAACUCGGAAACAAAAUAUAUGCCAUAACAAGAGUUAAAAAGGUUACGAAAUAUCAAUAUUGACCGUAAAAAGAACGAAAAUAACUACAUACAUCAGAAGGAGAAAGCAGACGGAUACCAACGAGGUCUUAUAGCUGUUAAAAUUAAACACAGCUAAACACUGCCGAUUUAGCUGAAGCUGAGGCCACUGGAUUAGUACCUUCUCCUUAUGUGUACGUUUUUAUUCCCCCCAAUUUUCAUUUUGCAGGCAGCUAUGUGUUCAUUGAGACGUCAUUCCCACGUAAAGUGGGUGACAAAGCGUAUCUCAUCAGCCAGACAUUUGAUCCAACCAACAGCACUGGUAUAUGCUUGAAGUUCUGGCAUCAUAUGAAAGGAGCAUCCAUUGGCACUUUGAAUGUCUAUAUUUACACCGGUAAUUUCUCUUCAAUGUCUCUGCUUUGGCAGAGAAAGGGGAAUAAAGGAAAUAAUUGGAUGCUUGGGCAAACUCCAAUAAGAAGCAUUGUAAAGUACCAGGUAAAGACAAUAUGCCUUCAGGUCUUCUAUGCUGUUUUUUGUUUAUUAGUCAUCCAGUAUCCAUAUCAAAGAUGGCAUCAAAUUAAGAAUGGAUUACGCAGAAUUCGUUGUGGACGUUAACAUAAUAGCAGCUUUGAACACCUACAUUGUUUUAACCAGAUCUUCACAUUAUUGUCUGUUUUAACAAACAGAUUCCAUGUUGCUGUGCUUCGGUUCUGUAUUAGAUCACAGAUGUCGUCUAAUUGUGGUAAAAACAAAGAAGUGGCACAUGAGCUGCAGGCGAGUGUGUCACUGAUGUUUCACCACGUUUUGACGUCUUCUGUGAUCUAUUAAUGACCAGGCUCAUGGCAACAUGGAAUCUAUUAGUAUUGUACAGUGAAGAGAGAGGAAAAAGCUACAUAUAUAUAUACCUGCCUCGUACCACUUGACUGUUCGAGGUUCGAUUUGUGCCGCUUUACAAGUUACAAAAGCUACUUUUCGUCCCUCCCUCUUCUUUUCUUCUUUAUCUUACUUACAUACAGUUUAUCCGAAAGGUUUUUCAACGCCUUUUGCCGAAAGCAGAAUAAUCGCGAAAACGUUUCCAAAUUUACAAUGACAAGCUAUGGCAAAUUUUAUAAAGAAUUCUUCCAAAUGCGGCAUUUCCAAGUCGUUAAGAACUUUUAUUGUCUCGGUUUCUCCGCUUUUCUUAUUUAUAGACAGCUUACGCUAAACUUUUUUUCGUGGCCUUCACUUGCUAAAUCCGAAAAUAUCUUUCAACCUCUUUCAAAACCGCGUCAUAUUGAACACAACAAAGAAAACAAGUUGCCGUGCGUUAUACAUGUAUCUGUUUGUUUAACAAAAAGAUUCCAUGAUUCCGUGCGUCUCUUGUGUAAUACAGUAGAUCACAGAUGUCGUCAAAUGAUAGUAAAAACCAAACAGUGGCACACGAGCCGCGGGUGUGUCACCCAUAUUUUUUUUCCCACGCAUGUUAUGACGUCUUCUGUGAUCUAUUACUGACCAGACCCACGGCAACAAGGAAUCUAUUCGUUUUAUACAAUGAACAGAAAGGAAAAAACAACGUGCUAAAUUCGCACCGCUUGACUGUUAAGUUGGAGGAUUUUUUCCCCAGUUUAGGCAUUUCCAAGUCACCAACGCUUUUCAGAUAUUUUCGGUUUCUUUAUACUACUUGUAGACAGUUUCUUUCAAAAGGUUUCUAAGACCUCUAUUUGCUGAAAGCAAUCGCAAAAACAUUUUCAAAACUGCAAGUCUCUCGUAGCGAUGAUAAAUGAUUGCAACUGUUGAGGAAAUUUCGACCACUUUAGUCAUUUUCAAAUCGUCAAGAACUCUUUCGGUCCUUGUUCUCCGUUUUUCCGAAAUAAUCUCGCAAACAUUUUUUAAAACCGCGCGCCAUUAUGGAUGAAACAAAGAAAACGGGUCUUCUUUCACGUGUACUCUAUACCUAAUAGAUCGAAUGAAACACCAAUCAGAGCGCUCGGAGUAUUCACCACAUUGUAUAAACUCUAAUAGAUCAUGGGCAACGACCCAUCACAGCGCAUGUAGCACUGACUAAAUUGUAUAAAAAAGUGAUUGAUGAAGUAUAUCGCCUCAAUGAGCCCGGACAUGAUGCUAUGCGUUUCUUUGAUUCCAUCACAAAAACAAGGUCCUAGGACAAGACACUCUAUGUAUUAAUUUCUUUUUAUAGAUGUGUUUGGUUUUAAACAGGUUGUGUUUGAAGGAAUUCGUGGAAAUAGCCAUACUGGAGACAUUGCCCUGGAUGACAUAUCAUUCACUGUUGGUGCAGGUAGUUGCACUCUUCAACCGUAUGAUGCUCUACCACCUGGAAUGACAACUGUAGCUCCUACAACUUCAACUCCAACUACUAUUGGUAAGUCGCUUUUCUCGGUUUUACUUAUGUUGACGAAAUGAUAUUGUUUUUGAUAUUUUCUAAAAAGGAAGCUGGGCUGGCCAGCCGAAAUAUCGUUUGGAAACUUUUAAGCACGCUUUCUAUUUCUGUUUAUUGAAUGUUGUUAAAACAAUUUGCCAUAUUUAUCAGACUUUGAUUGAUUGAUUUAUUUAUGAAUGAAUGAAUGAACGAAAAAUUUACCAUACAUAGAACUAAUCUCUCCCAAAUACGAAGGCACCCAAUAAAGUGAAGGAUAAAUCAGUAACCGACAUACCGGGUGGACAGUUUUCUGACUACACCGGAAAGGAUGCUGUCCACUGAAGUACGCAUGUAUAGCAAGUAUGCCUCACAAGACAAGCAGCCCGUAGUCUUAACGACAUGUCUUGGCUGAAGGCCUCUACUUGCACUACUAGCAGCUGAAAUCACCAAUCCAAUUCUUAAACUGAUACCAUGGGAUAUUUUUACAAGACAACAAGAGCUGUGGUCACAAUACGGACUUUUACCUAGGUAAAACCGAUUUCCCUAGGGCAAUUUCAUCAAAAAUCUCCCGAGAUAAAUUUAGCUCGGGUUUUGUUUUACCUGGGUAAAAAAUUCUGGGAAGGUCACACUACCGGCUCCCAAGGCUUUUACGCGUAGACAAAUUCUGGAGCGUAAAUUCAAGAAGAGAAGAUGUGCAGGGAUCUAGCCGAUCAAAGAGACGUUUUUUUCCUUUAUCUCGCUGUUAUUUCUUACGCCAAUUCAACGUGCAAGGUGAAGACAGGCGAAGACUCGUGCCCCAAAAAUUUCUUUCACCGCGUGAGCUAUGUCCGGUUCUGUCAUCAAGACCUUCGCCGAUGAUCGUCUAUUGGCUAGCAACCUAGGGGAUUUCAUUUUCCCCUAGCUAUCGCUUUGGGGUAGCUUUCAGCGGAAACUCUAUUGUUCUCGAGAUAUAUCCAAGCCCCAGACGAUAAAAUUUCCCCGAGGUAAAUUACCUAGGGAAAAUCGGUCACACUUAAAAAAUCAAGUUUCCCUAGGUAAACUGUCAACAAGUCCAGUUUAUCUGCGUAAAAAAUCUGUACUGUAACCACAGCUAAUAUAUAACUAUUGCUUCUCAGAUGCAAUUAUGUAAUGACUAAUUUUAGGGGAAUAGUCUAGGGGGGAGUCAGGAAAAUUUAAAAUGCUCUAAAAUGUAACAGAUGAUCAACUUUUCUGCCCACUCAGUAUCUUUCUGGAUGAUUACAAUUCAUGAAGAUAAAAAAAAUUUCUCUAUAGCAAGUGUGGGUUUUAACUGCACAUUCGAAAGAAAUCUCUGUAGCUGGACUCAAGACAACACCGAUCAGUUUGAUUGGACUCGGACAUCGGGCUCAACACCUUCAUCCUCAACUGGACCUUCUGUGGACCACACAACAGGCACUGGUAAGUGAUUGUUUUCAAUGCAUUUACUUUAUAGAUAGGUCGGUACUUUUAUUACCUUAAAGGCAGUAAAAAAGGCAACAUUUUUUUUGCACAGCAUACAUUGCCUUUUGUUUCCCUCUGUAAGGUCACCUUUUAAUAGCGAGGUUUCCACCUGAAAAAAAAAAAUAAUAAUAAAAAUAAAGAAAACAGCUGAAGAAAUGUUAGAAACAGCUACAAGUGUGGGGAGGUGUCCAAUUUCCAGAGAUCUCUAAGUUAUGUUAUAUUUGCUGUGUACCCUGACCUCUUGUAGCAAUCCUUCUUCAGGGUUUUUUUUUUUAAUAAAAUCUUGAUACCUUUCACUCUUCUCUUGUGCUACAUUUGUGAGUAAAAUUACUUGUACAUGUAAAAAGAUACAUGAGUACAAUUUAGUCCCUUAUUGAUGCGUUUCCGUUUAAUGUAAGGUUGCUAGCUAGUUUUCUGAUCUUUUCUUCCCAUACUCAAAGUUGAUUCUGCAGUAGCUGGCUCCCAAAGUUGUUUCAAUCGUGUGAAAGGGACGAUAUAUGUUGAGGUUUAUUUUUGUCCAGGUUUAAAUUGUUAGGAGAAAUAAGGACUUGAAAACUUUACUUCUUUUUCUUCUUCCAUGAAACCACACCUCCUUCCUUCUACAGGGACGUUCAAGAGCUUAAUUCAAAUCCUUAAUUCAUGAUAGUUGAAAUAAGAACCUAUUGCUUAGCACUGUAUUUUAACUGUACUGUCUUUGCUAUAACAGUCUGUCACAUUUAUAAUUUAUAGAUAUUUUUUGUUGUCCACGCUUUUAACUUUAAGAAACGACAGCACCUUAUCAGAAUGGUAUACCACUAUGAUAACCAAAUUCUUUUACGGUGCUGGAUGAUCUUUAUUGCUCUAACAACAUUCUGUUUUACACUUUCAGCAAAUGGAUCGUACAUAUACAUUGAGUCAUCUUUCCCAAGAAAGCCAAAUGACACAGCGAAGCUUAUAAGUUCAAUUGUCCCCGGCACAACUGCUUAUGGUGGAAAGUGUUUGUCGUUUUGGUAUCACAUGUAUGGUGCACACAUCAGUACUCUUAGUGUGUAUCUAAGGAAUGGUUCUCAUGACACCCUCCUGUGGUCAAAGGCAGGGACUCAUGGAAAUAAGUGGCUUGAGGCAGUAGUUACAGUUAAUAGCAGCACUAAUUUUCAGGUAAAACUUGCAAUUUUCAAUUUUUGGCAAAAAAAAUAAACAACAAAUAAUAAUAAAAUGAGUCAAGUUUCUAAUUGAAAUAGUUUCAUUUACACGGACUUGCAGUGCUAUGGAAUUGGCCAUGUUAUAUUAAACGUCUAGUGACCUGUGCCGAAGAAAACAGAGAAAACGGAGUCAUAAUAUUCAUGCAUUAAUCAAUAGUUGACCUCGUCACUUUGACAGUGGACUAUCGUCACCGUCACCUCACUCUGACGUCAGAGAUUUUCUUUUGUUGCCCGUGCUGAGGCUUUUGGUAGCAAGCAAAUUAGUUUUUAGAUGUCACAUGACCUUACACGCUGUUCUGGAAAAAUCGAAGCUUUCUUAAAGAAUACUGUUUAUUUUCCCUUCAGGUUGUAUUUGAAGGAGUUCGUGGUAGGAGCUUUCGAGGUGAUAUAGCAAUUGAUGACAUCGUUAUUAAAAAUGGUUUCUGCCAAGCCUUGAAAGCUUGCUCAUUUGAAGAUGUUCAAAUGUGCGGAUGGACAAAUGAAAAAAGGUUAAUUGAUAAAUGUUGUUUGUGCUAGCUUGGGGUACUGUUUAAGGGUAUUAUUUAAUAUUAUCGCGCAAGCUCCGAACCAGUAGUUUUUGAUACAAAAGUGAAAUUCUUUAGCAAAAAUGAACAGAUUGCUGAAUUGCUAUCCAGACUGAUGAAAGGAGUAGCUGGAUGCUUUGAAAGGCCAGCAAACAAAACUAUUAGCAGAAAGCGACUAAAAUGGCGUAGGAACUUACUUAGUUUUGGUCUGUGUUAUAAAGAUGUCCGUUUAUGGCUAAAUUUCUUACUUUCCUUUUAAACCUUGUAUCCGCUCUUGUUAAUGUUUUAGUGCUGAUGACUUUGAUUGGACACGCCAGAGUGGCUCCACUUCAAGUUCCGGCACUGGCCCUACAAAUGAUCACACCUAUGGAACUGCGAAAGGUUAUUACAUGUACAUUGAAACAUCAUUUCCAAGAAAGCCAGGAGACAAGGCAAUUCUGAUGAGCCCCAAAUAUCCAUCAACAAAAGGAAAAUGCCUUCAGUUCUGGUACCACAUGUAUGGAAGCCACAUAGGGACCCUCAAUGUUCGAAUAAAGCGCAUGGUUCGAGGAAAACCCACAUCCUUUUUGAUGUGGUCUAAAUCAGGCGAAAAUGGAAAUCGCUGGUGGAUUACUCAGGUACACAAAGAUAUCUUGAAAGUUAAAGACAACAACAGAAAUGAUUUUGUCACGGAUGUGUUCACGUCCAUUAAAAGAGCAAAGCAUACCAACAUUAGGAAAUAGCAGUGGUUUCUGUAAAAAAAGGAGGGACUUCUAUAACACAAUUAAAACAUGAAAGGCGUUAUGUAAGAGAUAAGUACUGCUGUGGCUAUAAACAUGUUUUACUCUUUACUCAGAAGGAAAAUUACAUGAAUAUUGUUAAAUCAGAAAUCGAAAAAGCAUUCGUAGGCGGAAUCCUGUUCUACGACCAGAAACAGGUAACAAAGAUUUGGGCGUAUUAGGGUUGCCAUAUUAAGGUGGUUCAUAGCUGGUUUAAGUUUGCUCUUUAACUAUAGUACGGUAAGGUCUUCAUCAUUGAUGAUGAUGUCUUUAAAGUACCUGAAUUCCCUUGAAUUUUAAACUAAAGAGUCAUAAGCCUAAGAAUUCCUAUAAAUUGCAGUUGGUCCCAGGACCUCCUUGAAAUUGUUUGCUCAGUUUAUUCAACCCAAAUUUUAUUUUUCACGAGAUUAAUAUGACUUGAAUUGUCGCUGGUAGAAUUAUUGCAGCACAUAAUUGUAAAAAAUAGUUGCCGUCAUUUUGCACAGCCUGGAGUCCUUGAAUUCUGUCAUUAAAACCGAAAGUCCUUGAAAUGUCCUGGAAUUCUUUUUCGCCAAAAGGCAUGAAUACUGAUUUGUAGUAUGGAAUGGCCCCUGUUUAUGAACAUGACAUUCACGUAAUAAUUAAUAAACAGUGGACACUCUCGCCUUUGACUCACCUGGACAAGUAUGGAGGUGAUGGUAUGGCUUGGUACAUUGGGCUGUCACUGUAGCACCCGCUUCAAUCGAUUUUAUUUUGGAACAGAACUUUUAACAAUCUCCUCAAAGGACAUUGUAGGCAAAGAUUAAUCUUUAACUCACUGUCCCUUUUUCUACUGUUUUUGUAAGGCAAGGUUGUUGGAAAUGAAUCAAAUUUAAUAUGGCUGCCCAUAGAUUUCAUUCUGUUGUUUCAAAAAACCUGGUAACGGGUUUGAAAAAUCUUGCUUGUGGGGAAAGCUAAUUCAGUGACAAACAAAAUGAGGAUCAAUGACAGUUGCGUUAUACCCCUCAGAGACUGCAUGGAUUCCCAACUUCUUUUUCUCUCAAUUUUGCAUUGGAGCUCCUGGUAUAAUUAUAAUAUUAGCCGGCACAUUUUUCUGUAAAUACGACUUAUAGUUAUGGAGGGGAAAAACAUUCUUCCUGAAAAUCUCAAGUGGGUUUUCGUAGGGAGAUAAGUCUUUGCUUUGGUUGAUUGUAAGUUAACGCUGCUGCAACAAGUCAGGGCGAGUUGCAACUGGUGCGGCUAGUACAUCAAACCUCACAAAAAACCCUGUAAAAAUCAUCCGGUUUCAGCACCUUUUACAAUUUUUUUUACCUUAAAAAAAAAUUCCUGUAGCCUUGUGGUAGCCAAGCGCUAUUUAGUCAUUGACGUGCAAUGGUUCAGAAAUUUUCAGUGAAGGGGGGUCAUUCUCGGUUAAUUAAGUUACUACUAACUGGUCCAGACAGAGGGUGCGAAUUGUGUAGGUAACAUUCCAUUUGCAAGCGGUUCUACCUCUCCCAACCACAACCAAUAUCUUUUUUUCAUCACGUUAUAAGUUUUUUGGAAAACUGUGCAAGGGAAUUAUCAGGCCCGCCAGACAACAUAAUAUUUCAGCUUUUGUGAAAACGUUUGGUAUCAACAGUGAAUGUGUGAAGAAUUAUGCCAAAGUAGUGAGGGCAAAUAAGUAUUAGACAGGUAUUCUGUACGUACGUUCUUACAAGGGAUAAUUUGAAGGAUUAUGCCAAAGUUUAUUCUUCACCAGUAAUUCUAAUUUUUGAUGUCACUUCCUCUUCUUCCAGGUGACAGUCACAUCAAAUUCUGAUUAUUGGCUGGUAUUUGAAGGAGUAGGAGGGUCCGGUUAUCAAGGUGACAUAGCCAUAGACGAUGUAGAGUUACUGGAUAAUGCAUGCCCACCUCCAGGUGAUUGUAACUUUGAGAAAGGCAUGUGUACUUGGCUCAAUGUGCCUAAUACUGAUGAUUUUGACUGGCUUCGCGGGAGUGGCUCCACACCAAGUUCUUACACUGGCCCUUCCACCGAUCACACAACAAACUCAUCUGGUGGUAAGUACUUAAGUGAGAAUUACUUUUAAAACAGUUGCUUUACUUGAAGUAAGCAACCCUUUUCAUUUAAUCUGGGAAAGCUUAGUUUACUUGGCCCUUUUCCCUAGAUUUCACCAACAGAUAUUUUUUCCAUUCUCGUGAAUGGUAUUUGAUGUACGACAUUGAAAUUCAGCUGGGUUCACAACAUGUUCCGCGCCAAGCAGUACAUUUUUAAGGCAAAUACUCUUAAGAUGACAAUUCUUUGUGCUCAAAAUAUUCCGUUAAUAGCGCUGCGCGCAGUUAUUAUUUAUGGACCCAAAUUGAAAUUCACAUUAGCGAAUUCCCCACUUUUAUCUGACUUUUGUUAUUAAAAUGUCAUGUUUGUCUGUCUUUUGUCAUUAAAACGAGAAAAAUGACAAGUCUCCGACAAAAAUUGCAAAUUAGUCACUUUGACGUCAUUGGCACACUACGCUAUUGUCAUUUUGCACGUUCUAACGUCACAUGUCUCCCGUGGUCUGCACUAUAAUUGAGACUGCGUUAUUUCAUCCAUUGAUUAUUUCAUUUUAUCAGCUUCACCGGAGAAAACAAAGCAACAUUUUUCAACAUUUUCAGCAAGUGUAGUAUAUUUAUUGCAACAAAACAAUAAAUGGUGAUAACAAAACGCGAAGAUGCAAGGUUUCUGUAAAAUACUCUGAAGAAAACUCCGUUUUCUGGAAGUCUCUUAUUAGUACUUUUUCAAUUCGUUUUCUGCCUUUAGGGUGGGUGCUUAUUCGAGAUGGGCGCUAAUUCGAAGUUGGGCGCUUAUUGCAAUAAAUACGGUACAUCAGGAGGAGAAAGGAGACGGAUACUAACGAGUUCUUCUAGUUGCUAAAUUUAACACUGCCGAUCGAUUUAGCUGACGCUGAGGCCGCUGGAUUAGUACCUUUUCUUGGUGUGUAUCAUUUUUACUCCAUCCCAUUUUCAUUUUGCAGGCAGCUAUGUGUUCAUUGAGACAUCAUCCCCACGUAAAGUGGGUGACAAAGCAUAUCUCAUCAGCCAGCCAUUUGAUCCCACCAACAGCACUGGUAUAUGCUUGAAGUUCUGGCAUCAUAUGAAAGGAUCAUCCAUUGGCACUUUGAAUGUCUAUAUUUACACCGGCAACUUCUCUUCAAUGUCUUUGCUUUGGCAGAGAAAGGGGAAUAAAGGAAAUAAUUGGAUGCUUGGGCAAACUCCAAUAAGAAGCAUUGUAAAGUACCAGGUAAAGACAAUAUGCCUUCAUGUCUUCUAUGCUGUUUUUUGUUUAUUAGUCAUCCAGUAUCCAUAUCAAAGAUGGCAUCAAAUGAAGAGUGGAUUACGCAGAAUUCGUUGUGGACAUAAUAGCAGCUCUGAAUACCUUCAUUGUUUUAACCAGAUCUUCACUUUUUUCAACCGGAUUACAUGUUGCUGUGCGUCUGUUCUGUAUUGGAUCACAGAUGUCGUCUAAUUGUGGUAAAAACAAAGAAGUGGCACAUGAGCUGCAGGCGAGUGUGUCACUGAUGUUUUACCACGUUUUGACGUCUUCUGUGAUCUAUUACAGACCAGGCUCAUGGCAAAAUGGAAUCUAUUAGUAUUGUACAGUGAAGAGAGAGGAAGAAGCUAUAUAUAAAUAUAUAUACCUGCCUCGUACCACGUGACUGUUCGAUGAUCGAUUUGUGCUACUUUACAAGUUACAAAAGCUACUUUUCGUCCCUCCUUCUUCUUUUUUUCUUUAUCUUACUUACAUACAGUUUAUCCGGAAAGUUUUUCAACGCCUUUUACCGAGAACAGAAUAAUCGCGAAAACUUUUCCAAAUUUGCGUGUCUCGUUGACAAGCUAUGGCAAAUUUUAUAAAGAAUUCUUCCAAAUGAGGUAUUUCCAAGUCGUCAAGAACACUUAUUGUCUCGGUUUCUCCACUUUUCUUAUUUGUAACCAGCUUCCGCUAAACUUUUUUUCGUGGCCUUCACUUGCUAAAUCCGAAAAUGUCUUUUUCAACCUCUUUCAAAACCGCGUCAUAUUGAACACAACAAAGAAAACAAGUUGUCGUGCGUUAUACAUGUAUCUGUUUGUUUAACAAAAAGAUUCCAUGAUUCCGUGCGUCUGUUGUGUAAAACAGUAGAUCACAGAUGUUGUCAAAUGAUAGUAAAAACCAAACAGUGGCACACGAGCCGCGGGUGUGUCACCCAUAUUUUUUUUCCCACGCACGUUAUGACGUCUUCUGUGAUCUAUUAAUGACCAGACCCACGGCAACAAGGAAUCUAUUCGUUUUAUACAAUGAACAGAAAGAAAAAAACCGACGUGCUAACUUCGCACCGCUUGACUGUUAAGUUGGAGGAUUUUUUUCCCAGUUUAGGCAUUUUCAAGUCACCAACGCUUCUCAGAUAUUUUCGGUUUCUUUAUCUUACUUGUAGACAGUUUCUUUCAAAAGGUUUCUAAGUCCUCUACUUGCUGAAAGCAAUCGCGAAAACAUUUUCAAAACUGCAAGUCUCUCGUAGCGAUGAUAAAUGAUUGCAACUGUUGAGGAAAUUUCGACCAGUUUAGAAAUUUUCAAAUCGUCAAGAACUCUUUAAUUCCGUCCUUGUUUCUCCGUUUUUCCGAAAUAAUCUCGCAAACAUUUUUUAAAACCGCGCGCCAUUAUGGAUGAAACAAAGAAAACGGGUCUUCGUUCACGUGUACUCUAUACCUAAUAGAUCGAAUGAAACCACCAACCAGAGCGCUCGUAGUAUUCACCACAUUGUAUAAACUCUAAUAGAUUAUGGGCAACGACCCAUCACAGCGCAUGUAUCACUGACUAAAUUGUAUAAAAGGUGAUUGAUGAAGCAUAUUGUCUCAAUAAGCCCGGACAUGAUGCUAUGCGUUUCUUUGAUUCCAUCACAAAAACAAGGUCCUUGGACAAGACACUCUAUGUAUUAAUUUCUGUUUAUAGAUGUGUUUGGUUUUAAACAGGUUGUGUUUGAAGGAAUUCGUGGAAAUAGCUAUACUGGGGACAUUGCCCUGGAUGACAUAUCAUUCACUGUUGGUGCAGGCAGUUGCACUCUUCAACCGUAUGAUGCUCUACCACCUGGAAUGACAACUGCAGCUCCUACAACUUUAACUCCAACUACUAUUGGUAAGUGGCUCUUAUCAGUUUUACUUAUGUUGACGACAUGAUAUUGUUUUUGAUAUUUUCUAAAAAGGAAGCUGGGCUGGCCAGCCGAAAUAUCGUUUGUAAAUUUUUAAGCACGCUUUCUAUUUCUGUUUAUUGAAUUUUGUUAAAACAAUUUGCCAUAUUUAUCAGACUUUGAUUGAUUGAUUUAUUUAUGAAUGAAUGAACGAAAAAUUUACCAUACAUAGAACAAAUCGCUCCCAAAUACGAAGGCACCACCACCACCACCACCAACAACAACAACACUUUAUUCACAUUUCCAUUACAGGGUUUGUCAAACUAAAUAAAUCAGUGACAGACAUACCGGGUAGACAUUUUUCUAACCACGGCGGAAAAGAUGCUGUCCACUAAAGUACGCACGUAAAGCAAGCAUGCCUCACAAGACAAGCAACCCAUAGUCUUAACGACAUGUCUUGGCUGGAGGCCUCUACUUGCACUACUAGCAGCUGACAUCACCAAUCCAAUUCUUAAACUGAUACUAUGGGACAUUUUUACAUGACAACAAUAGCUGUGGUCACACUACGGACUUUUACCUAGGUAAAACCGAUUUCCCUAGGGCAAAUUCAUCAAAAAAUCUCCCGAGGUAAAUUUAUCUCGGGUUUUGUUUUGCCUAGGUAAAAAAUUCUGGGAAGGUCACACUACCGGCUCCCAAGGUUUUCACGCACAGUCGGAUUCUGGAGUGUAAAUUCAAGAAUUAAAGAUGUGCAGGGAUGUAGCCGAUUAAAGAGACCUUUUUUUUAUCUUGCUGUUAUUUCUUAGGCCGAUUCAAUGUGCAGGGUGAAGACAUGCGAAGACGUACACGACUCGUGCCCCAAAAAUUUCUUUUAGCACGUGAGCUAUGUCCGGUUCUGUCAUCAAGACCUUCGCCGAUGAGCGUCUAUUGGCUAGCAACCUAGGUAUUUCAUUUUCCCCUAGCUAUCGCUUUGGGGUAGCUUUCAAGGGAAACUCUAUUGUUCUGCAGACAUAUCCAAGCCCCAGACGAUAAAAUUUCCCGGAGGUAAAUUACCUAGGGAAAAAUCGGUCACACUUAAAAAUUCAAGUUUCCCUAGGUAAACUGUCAACAAGUCCAGUUUACCUAGGUAAAAAGUCUGUAGUGUAACAACAGCUAAUAUAUAACUAUUGCUGUCAGAUGCAAUUAUGUAAUGACUAAUUUCAAGGGAAUAGUCUUGGGGGAAUGCAGGAAAAUUUAAAAUGCUCUAAAAUGUAACAUAUGGUCAGCUUUUCUGCACAUUCAGUAUCUUUCUGAAUGAUUACAAUUCAUGAAGAUAACAAAAUUUUCCCUAUAGCAAGUGUGGGUUUUAACUGCACAUUCGAAAGAAAUCUCUGUAGCUGGACUCAAGACAACACCGAUCAGUUUGAUUGGACUCGAAUAUCGGGCUCAACACCUUCAUCCUCAACUGGGCCUUCUGUGGACCACACAACAGGCACUGGUAAGUGAUUGUUUUCAAUGCAUUUACUUUAUAGAUGGGUCGGUACUUUUAUUACCUUAAAGGCAGUAACAGACAUUGCACAACAGACAUUGCCUUUUGUUUCCCUCUGUAAGGUCACCUUUUAAUAGCGAGGUUUCCAACUGAAAAAAAAAGCAAUAAUAAAAAUAAAGAAAACAGCUGAAGAAAUGUUAGAAACAACUAUAAGUGUGGGAAGGUGUCCAAUUUCCAGGGAUCUCUAAGUUAUGUUAUAUUUGCUGUGUACCCUGACCUCUUGUAGCAAUCCUUCUUAAAGGUUUUUUAAAAAAAUCUUGAUACCUUUCACUCUUCUCUUGCGCUACAUUUGUGAGUAAAAUUACUUGUAAAUGUAAAAAGAUACAUGAGUACAAUAUAGUCCCUUGUUGAUGCGUUUCCGUUUAAUGGAAAGUUGCUAGCUAGUUUUCUGAUCUUUUCCUCCCAUACUCAAAGUUGAUUCUGCAGUAGCUGGCUCCCAAAGUUGUUUCAGUCGUGUGAAAGGCACGAUAUAUGUUGAGGUUUAUUUGUCCAGGUUUAAAUUGUUAGGAGAAAUAAGGACUUGAAAACUUUACUUCUUUUUCUUCUUCCAUGAAACCACACCUCCUUCCUUCUACAGGAUCGUUCAAGAGCUUAAUUCAAAUCCUUAAUUCAUGAUAGUUGGAAUAAGAACCUAUUGCUUAGCACUGUAUUUUAACUGUACUGUCUUUGCUAUAACAGUCUGUCACAUUUAUAAUUUAUAGAUAUUUUUUGUUGUCCACGCUUUUAACUUUAAGAAACGACAGCACCUUAUCAGAGUGGUAUACCACUAUGAUAACCAAAUUCUUUUACAGUGCUGGAUGAUCUUUACGGCUCUAACAACAUUCUGUUGCACACUUUCAGCAAAUGGAUCGUACAUAUAUAUUGAGUCAUCUUUCCCAAGAAAGCCAAAUGACACAGCGAAGCUUAUAAGUUCAAUUGUCCCCGGCACAACUGCUUAUGGUGGAAAGUGUUUGUCGUUUUGGUAUCACAUGUAUGGUGCACACAUCAGUACUCUUAGCGUGUAUCUAAGGAAUGGUUCUCAUGACACCCUCCUGUGGUCAAAGGCAGGGACUCAUGGAAAUAAGUGGCUUGAGGCAGUAGUUACAGUUAAUAGCAGCACUAAUUUUCAGGUAAAACUUGCAAUUUUCAAUUUUUGGCAAAAGAAAUAAACAACAAAUAGUAAUAAAAUGAAAUCAAGUUUCUAAUUGAAAUAGUUUCAUUUACACGGACUUGCAGUGCCAUGGAAUUGGCCAUGUUACAUUAAACGCCUAGUGACUUGUCCCGAAGAAAACAGAGAAAACAGAGUCAUAAUAUUCAUGCAUAAAUCAAUAGUUGACCUCGUCACUUUCACAGUGCACUAUCGUCACUGUCACCUCACGGGCCCUCUGACGCCAGAGAUUUUCUUUUGUUGCGCGUUCUGAGGCUUUUGGUAGCAAGCAAAUUAGUUUUUAGAUGUCACAUGACCUUACACGCUGUUCUGGAAAAAUCGAAGCUUUCUUAAAGAAUACUGUUUAUUUUCCCUUCAGGUUGUAUUUGAAGGAGUUCGUGGUAUGAGCUUUCGAGGUGAUAUAGCAAUUGAUGACAUCGUUAUUAAAAAUGGUUUCUGCCAAGCCUUGAAAGCUUGCUCAUUUGAAGAUGUUCAAAUGUGCGGAUGGACAAAUGAAAAAAGGUUAAUUGAUAAAUGUUGUUUGUGCUAGCUUGGGUUACUGUUUAAGGGUAUUAUUUAAUAUUAUCGCGCAAGCUCCGAACCAGUAGUUUUUGAUAGAAAAGUGAAAUUCUUUAGCAAAAAUGAACAGAUUGCUGAAUUGUUAUCCAGACUGAUGAAAGGAGUAGCUGGAUGCUUUGAAAGGCCAGCAAACAAAACUAUUAGCAGAAAGCGACUUAAAUGGCGUAGGAACUUACUUAGUUUUGGUCUGUGUUAUAAAGAUGUCCGUUUAUAGCUAGAUUUCUUACUUUCCUUUUAAACCUUGUAACCGCUCUUGUUAAUGUUUUAGUGCUGAUGACUUUGAUUGGACACGCCAGAGUGGCUCCACUUCAAGUUCCGGCACUGGCCCUACAAAUGAUCACACCUAUGGAACUGCGAAAGGUUAUUACAUGUACAUUGAAACAUCAUUUCCAAGAAAGCCAGGAGACAAGGCAAUUCUGAUGAGCCCCAAAUAUCCAUCAACAAAAGGAAAAUGCCUUCAGUUCUGGUACCACAUGUAUGGAAGCCACAUAGGGACCCUCAAUGUUCGAAUAAAGCGCAUGGUUCGAGGAAAACCCACAUCCUUUUUGAUGUGGUCUAGAUCAGGCGAAAAUGGAAAUCGCUGGUGGAUUGCUCAGGUACACAAAGAUAUCUUGAAAGUUAAAGACGACAACAGAAAUGAUUUUGUCACGGAUGUGUUCACGUCCAUUAUAAGAGCAAAGCAUACCAACAUUAAGAAAUAAAAGUGGUUUCUGUAAAAGAAUACUAGAAACGGAAGAAGUUCACUUUUUUUCCCGACAGUCAAAGACUUCUAUAAGACAAUUAAAACAUGAAAGGCUUUACGUAAGAGAUAAGUAUUGCUGUGGCUAUAGACAUGUUUUACUCUUUACUCAGAAGGAAAAUUACAAGAAUAUUGUUAAAUCAGAAAUCGAAAAAGCAUUCGUAACCGGAAUCCUGUUCUACGACCAGAAACAGGUCACAAAGAUUUGGGCGUAUUAGGGUUGCCAUAUUAGCAUGGUUCAUAGGUGGUUUUAGUUUGCUCUUUAACUAUAGUACGGUAAGGUCUUCAUCAUUGAUGAUGAUGUCUUGAAAGUACCUGAAUUCCCUUGAAUUUCAAACUAAAGAUUCAUAAGCCUGAAAAUUCCUAUAAAUUGCAGUUGGUCCCAGGACCUCCUUGAAAUUCUUUGCUCAGUUUAUUCAACCCAAAUUUUUGAAGAGAUUAAUAUGACGUUAAGUGUCGCUGGUAGAAUUAUUGCAGCACAUAAUUGUAAAAAAUAGUUGCCGUCAUUUUGCACAGCCUGGAGUCCUUGAAUUCUGUCAUUGAAACCGAAAGUCCUUGAAAUGUCCUGGAAUUCUUUUUCGCCAAAAGGCAUGAAUACUGAUUUGUAGUAUGGAAUGGCCCCUGUUUAUGAACAUGGCAUUCACGUAAUAAUUAAUAAACAGUGGACACUCUCGCCUUUGACUCACCUGGACAAGUAUGGAGGUGAUGGUAUGGCUUGGUACAUUGGGCUGUCAAUGUAAAACCCGUUUCAAUCAAUUUUAUUUGGGGACAGAACUUUUAACCAUCUCCUCAAAGGACAUUGUAGGCAAAGAUUAAUCUUUAACUCACUGUCCCUUUUUCUACUGUUUUUCUAAGACAAGGUUGUUGGACAUGAAUCAAAUUUAAUAUGGCUGCCCUGCAUAGAUUUAAUUCUGUUGUUUCAAAAAAACCUUGUAACGGGUUUCAAAAAUCUUGCUUGUGGGGAAAGCUAAUUUAGCGACAAACGAAAUGAGGAUCAAUGACAGUUGCGUUAUACCCCUCAGAGACUGCAUGGAUUCCCAACUUCUUUUUCUCUCAAUUUUGCAUUGGAGCUCUGGGAUAAUUAUGAUAUUAGCCGGCACAUUUUUCUGUAAAUACGACUUAUAGUUAUGGAGGGGAAAAACAUUCUACCUGAAAAUCUCAAGUGGGUUUUCGUAGGGAGAUAAAUCUUUACUUUGGUUGAUUGUGAGUUAACGCUGCUGCAACAAGUCAGGGCGAGUUGCAACUGGUGCAGCUAGUACAUCAAACCUCACAAAAAAAAACCAUCCGGUUUCAGCACCUUUUAAGAUUUAUUUUAGCCUUGUGGUAGCCAAGCGCUAUUUAGUCAUUGACGUGCAAUUGUUCAGAAAUUUUGAGUGAAGGGUGGUCAUUCUCGGUCAAUUAAUUCACUACUAGCUGGUCCAGACAGAGGGUGCGAAUUGUGUAGGUAACAUUCCAUUUGCAAGCGGUUCUACUUCUCCCAACCACAACCAAUAUCUUUUUUUCAUCACGUUAUAAGUUUUUUGGAAAACUGUGCAAGGGAAGUAACAGGCCCGCCAGACAACAUAAUAUUUCAGCUUUUGUAAAAACGUUUGGUAUCAACAGUGAAUGGGUGGAGAAUUAUGCCAAAGUAGUGAGGGCAAAUAAGUAUUAGACAGGUAUUCUGUACGUAAGUUCUUUCAAGGGAUAAUUUAAAGGAUUAUGCCAAAGUUUAUUCUUCACCAGUAAUUCUAAUUUUUUAUGUCACUUUCUCUUCUUGAAGGUGACAAUCACAUCAAAUUCUGAUUACUGGCUGGUAUUUGAAGGAGUACGAGGGUCCGGUUAUCGAGGUGACAUAGCCAUAGACGAUGUACAGUUACUGGAUAAUUCAUGCCCACCUCCAGGUGAUUGUAACUUUGAGAAAGGCAUGUGUACUUGGCUCAAUGUGCCUAAUAAUGAUGAUUUUGACUGGCUUCGCGGGAGUGGCUCCACACCAAGUUCUUACACUGGCCCUUCCACCGAUCACACAACAAACUCAUCUGGUGGUAAGUGCUUAAGUGAGAAUUACUUUUAAAACAGUUGCUUUACUUGAAGUAAGCAAUCCUUUUCAUUUAAUCUGGGAAAGCUUAGUUUACUUGGCCCUUUUCCCUAGAUUUCACCAACAGAUAUUUUUUCCAUUCUCGUGAAUGGUAUUUGAUGUACGACAUUGAAAUUCAGCUGGGUUCACAACAUGUUCCGCGCCAAGCAGUACAUUUUUAAGGCAAAUACUCUUAAGAUGACAAUUUUUUGUGCUCAACAUUUUCCGUUAAUAGCGCUGCGCGCAGUUAUUAUUUAUGGACCCAAAUUGAAAUUCACAUUAGCGAAUUCCCCACUUUUAUCUGACUUUUGUUAUUAAAAUGUCAUGUUUGUCUGUCUUUUGUCAUUAAAAUGAGAAAAACGACAAAACUCAGACAAAAAUUGCAAAUUAGUCACUUUGACGUCAUUGGCACACUACGCUAUUGUCAUUUUGCACGUUCUAACGUCACAUGUCUCCCGUGGUCUGUAAUAUAAUUGAGACUGCGUUAUUUCAUCCAUUGAUUAUUCCAUUUUAUCAGCUUCACCGGAAAAAAACAAAGCAGCAUUUUUCAACAUUUUCAGCAAGUGUAGUAUGUUUAUUGCAACAAAACAAUAAAUGGUGAUAACAAAACACGAAGAUGCAAGGUUUCUGUAAAAUACUCUGAAGAAAACUCCGUUUUCUGGAAGUCUCUUAUUAGUCCUUUUUCAAUUCGUUUUCUGCCUUUAGGGUGGGUGCUUAUUCGAGAUGGGCGCUAAUUCGAAGUUGGGCGCUUAUUGCAAUAAAUACGGUACAUCAGGAGGAGAAAGGAGACGGAUACUAACGAGGUCUUUUAGUUGCUAAAAUUUAACACUGCCGAUUUAGCUGAAGCUGAGGCCGCUGGAUUAGAACCUCCUCAUGGUGUGUAUGAUUUUUACUUCAUCCCAUUUUUAUUUUGCAGGCACCUAUGUGUUCAUUGAAACAUCGUCCCCACUUAAAGUGGGUGACAAAGCAUAUCUCAUCAGCCAGCCAUUUGAUCCAACCAACAGCACUGGUAUAUGCUUGAAGUUCUGGCAUCAUAUGAAAGGAGCAUCCAUUGGCGCUUUGAAUGUCUAUAUUUACAACGGUGACUUCUCUUCAAUGUCUCUGCUUUGGCAGAGAAAGGGGAAUAAAGGAAAUAAUUGGAUGCUUGGGCAAACUCCAAUAAGAAGCAUUGUAAACUACCAGGUAAAGACAAUUUGCCUUCAGGUCUUCUAUGCUGUUUUUUGUUUAUUAGUCAUCCAGUAUCCAUAUCAAAGAUAGCAUCAAAUUAAGAGUGAAUUACGCAGAAUUCGUUGUGGACAUAAUAGCAGCUCUGAAUACCUGCAUUGUUUUAACCAGAUCUUCACAGCAUUGUCCCUGUAUUGGAUCACAGAUGUCGUCUAAUUGUGGUAAAAACAAAGAAGUGGCACAUGAGCAGCAGGCGAGUGUGUCACUGAUGUUUUACCACGUUUUCACGUCUUCUGUGAUCUAUUACAGACCAGGCUCAUGACAAAAUGGAAUCUAUUAGUAUUGUACAGUGAAGAGAGAGGAAGAAGCUAUAUAUAUAUAUAUAUAUAUACCUGCCUCGUACCACGUGACUGUUCGAUGAUCGAUUUGUGCUACUUUACAAGUUACAAAAGCUACUUUUCGUCCCUCCUUCUUCUUUUCUUCGUUAGCUUACUUACAUACAGUUUAUCCAGAAAGUUUUUCAACGCCUUUUAUCGAGAACAGAAUAAUCGCGAAAUCUUUUCCAAAUUUGCGUGUCUCGAUGACAAGCUAUGGCAAAUUUUAUAAAGAAUUCUUCCAAAUGAGGUAUUUCCAAGUCGUCAAGAACACUUAUUGUCUCGGUUUCUCCACUUUUCUUAUUUGUAACCAGCUUCCGCUAAACUUUUUUUCGUGGCCUUCACUUGCUAAAUCCGAAAAUGUCUUUUUCAACCUCUUUCAAAACCGCGUCAUAUUGAACACAACAAAGAAAACAAGUUGUCGUGCGUUAUACAUGUAUCUGUUUGUUUAACAAAAAGAUUCCAUGAUUCCGUGCGUCUGUUGUGUAAAACAGUAGAUCACAGAUGUCGUCAAAUGAUAGUAAAAACCAAACAGUGGCACACGAGCCGCGAGUGUGUCACCCAUAUUUUUUUCCCCACGCACGUUAUGACGUCUUCUGUGAUCUAUUAAUGACCAGACCCACGGCAACAAGGAAUCUAUUCGUUUUAUACAAUGAACAGAAAGAAAAAAACCGACGUGCUAACUUCGCACCGCUUGACUGUUAAGUUGGAGGAUUUUUUUCCCAGUUUAGGCAUUUCCAAGUCACCAACGCUUCUCAGAUAUUUUCGGUUUCUUUAUCUUACUUGUAGACAGUUUCUUUCAAAAGGUUUCUAAGACCUCUACUUGCUGAAAGCAAUCGCGAAAACAUUUUCAAAACUGCACGUCUCUCGUAGCGAUGAUAAAUGAUUGCAACUGUUGAGGAAAUUUCGACUACUUUAGAAAUUUUCAAAUCGUCAAGAACUCUUUAAUUCCGUCCUUGUUUCUCCGUUUUUCCGAAAUAAUCUCGCAAACAUUUUUUAAAACCGCGCGCCAUUAUGGAUGAAACAAAGAAAACGGGUCUUCCUUCAUGUGUACUCUAUACCUAAUAGAUCGAAUGCAACCACCAACCAGAGCGCUCGUAAUAUUCACCACAUUGUCUAAACUCUAAUAGAUCAUGGGCAACGACCCAUCACAGCGCAUGUAUCACUGACUAAAUUGUAUAAAAGGUGAUUGAUGAAGCAUAUUGUCUCAAUAAGCCCGGACAUGAUGCUAUGCGUUUCUUUGAUUCCAUCACAAAAACAAGGUCCUAGGACAAGACACUUUAUGUAUUAAUUUCUGUUUAUAGAUGUGUUUGGUUUUAAACAGGUUGUGUUUGAAGGAAUUCGUGGAAAUAGCUAUACUGGGGACAUUGCCCUGGAUGACAUAUCAUUCACUGUUGGUGCAGGCAGUUGCACUCUUCAACCGUAUGAUGCUCUACCACCUGGAAUGACAACUGCAGCUCCUACAACUUUAACUCCAACUACUAUUGGUAAGUGGCUCUUAUCGGUUUUACUUAUGUUGACGACAUGAUAUUGUUUUUGAUGUUUUCUAAAAAGGAAGCUGGGCUGGCCAGCCGAAAUAUCGUUUGUAAAUUUUUAAGCACGCUUUCUAUUUCUGUUUAUUGAAUUUUGUUAAAACAAUUUGCCAUAUUUAUCGACUUUGAUUGAUUGAUUUAUUUAUGAAUGAAUGAACGAAAAAUUUACCAUACAUAGAACAAAUCGCUCCCAAAUACGAAGGCACCACCACCAACAACAACAACAACAACAACAACAACACUUUAUUCACAUUUCCAUUACAGGGUUUGUCAAACUAAAUAAAUCAGUGACAGACAUACCGGGUAGACAUUUUUCUAACCACGGCGGAAAAGAUGCUGUCCACUAAAGUACGCACGUAAAGCAAGCAUGCCUCACAAGACAAGCAACCCAUAGUCUUAACGACAUGUCUUGGCUGGAGGCCUCUACUUGCACUACUAGCAGCUGACAUCACCAAUCCAAUUCUUAAACUGAUACUAUGGGACAUUUUUACAUGACAACAAUAGCUGUGGUCACACUGCGGACUUUUACCUAGGUAAAACCGAUUUCCCUAGGGCAAAUUCAUCAAAAAAUCUCCCGAGGUAAAUUUAUCUCGGGUUUUGUUUUACCUAAAUAAAAAAUUCUGGGAAGGUCACACUACCGGCUCCCAAGGUUUUCACGCACAGUCGGAUUCUGGAGUGUAAAUUCAAGAAUUAAAGAUGUGCAGGGAUGUAGCUGAUCAAAGAGACCUUUUUUUUUUAUCUCGCUGUUAUUUCUUAGGCCGAUUCAAUGUGCAGGGUGAAGACAUGCGAAGACGUACACGACUCGUGCCCCCAAAAUUUCUUCUAGCACGUGAGCUAUGUCCGGUUCUGUCAUCAAGACCUUCGCCGAUGAGCGUCUAUUGGCUAGCAACCUAGGUAUUUCAUUUUCCCCUAGCUAUCGCUUUGGGGUAGCUUUCAAGGGAAACUCUAUUGUUUUCGAGACAUAUCCAAGCCCCAGACGAUAAAAUUUCCUCGAGGUAAAUUACCUAGGGAAAAAUCGGUCACACUUAAAAAUUCAAGUUUCCCUAGGUAAACUGUCAACAAGUCGAGUUUACCUAGGUAAAAAGUCUGUAGUGUAACAACAGCUAAUAUAUAACUAUUGCUGUCAGAUGCAAUUAUGUAAUGACUAAUUUCAAGGGAAUAGUCUUGGGGGAAGUCAGGAAAAUUUAAAAUGCUCUAAAAUGUAACAUAUGGUCAGCUUUUCUGCACAUUCAGUAUCUUUCUGAAUGAUUACAAUUCAUAAAGAUAACAAAAUUUUCCCUAUAGCAAGUGUGGGUUUUAACUGCACAUUCGAAAGAAAUCUCUGUAGCUGGACUCAAGACAACACCGAUCAGUUUGACUGGACUCGGACAUCGGGCUCAACACCUUCAUCCUCAACUGGACCUUCUGUGGACCACACAACAGGCACUGGUAAGUGAUUGUUUUCAGUGCAUUUACUUUAUAGAUGGGUCGGUACUUUUAUUACCUUAAAGGCAGUAAAUACGGCAACAUUUUUUUUGCACAGCAUACAUUGCCUUUUGUUUCCCUCUGUAAGGUCACCUUUUAAUAGCGAGGUUUCCACCUGAAAAAAAAAAUAAUAAAAAAAAUAAAGAAAACAGCUAAAGAUAUAUUAGAAACAACUAUAAGUGUGGGGAGGUGUCCAAUUUCCAGAGAUCUCUAAGUUAUGUUAUAUUUGCUGUGUACCCUGACCUCUUGUAGCAAUCCUUCUUAAAGGUUUUUUAAAAAAAUCUUGAUACCUUUCACUCCUCUCUUGCGCUACAUUUGUGAGUAAAAUUACUUGUAAAUGUAAAAAGAUACAUUAGUACAAUAUAGUCCCUUAUUGAUGCGUUUCCGUUUAAUGGAAAGUUACUAGCUAGUUUUCUGAUCUUUUCCUCCCAUACUCAAAGUUGAUUCUGCAGUAGCUGGCUCCCAAAAUUGUUUCAGUCGUGUGAAAGACACGAUAUAUGUUGAGGUUUAUUUUUUUGCAGGCUUAAAUUGUUAGGGGAAAUAAGAACUUGAAAACUUUACUUCUUUUUCUUCUUCCAUGAAACCACACCUCCUUCCUUCUACAGGGACGUCCAAGAGCUUAAUUCAAAUCCUUAAUUCAUGAUAGUUGGAAUAAGAACCUAUUGCUUAGCACUGUAUUUUAACUGUACUGUCUUUGCUUUAACAGUCUGUCACAUUUAUAAUUUAUAGAUAUUUUUUGUUGUCCACGCUUUUAACUUUAAGAAACGACAGCACCUUAUCAGAGUGGUAUACCACUAUGAUAACCAAAUUCUUUUACGGUGCAGGAUGAUCUUUACUGCUCUAACAACAUUCUGUUGUACACUUUCAGCCAAUGGAUCGUACAUAUACAUUGAGUCAUCUUUCCCAAGAAAGCCAAAUGACACAGCGAAGCUUAUAAGUUCAAUUGUCCCCGGCACAACUGCUUAUGGUGGAAAGUGUUUGUCGUUUUGGUAUCACAUGUAUGGUGCACACAUCAGUACUCUUAGCGUGUAUCUAAGGAAUGGUUCUCAUGACACCCUCCUGUGGUCAAAGGCAGGGACUCAUGGAAAUAAGUGGCUUGAGGCAGUAGUUACAGUUAAUAGCAGCACUAAUUUUCAGGUAAAACUUGCAAUAUUCAAUUUUUGGCAAAAGAAAUAAACAACAAAUAUUAAUAAAAUGAAAUCAAGUUUCUAAUUGAAAUACAGUCGACUACCGAUAACUCGAACACUCGCUAACUAAAGCCUCGCGCUAACUCGAACAAAAAUCGAUAUCCCCUGGGUUUCCGUCAUACAUUUACUGUAAUUUUACCCUCGGUAGCUCGAACCCUCGAUAACUCGAACUCCCGCUAACUCGAACCAAUUUUCGUUUCCCGUCAGGUCAUUUUCUAUAUAAUUUUACCCUCGAUAACUCGAACGAUGUUUUGAGCCCUUAAAAGGUCGGGAAAAAAGGUGUGUACUGGCGUCCGAAAAAAAGAAUUUUGGAUUUCCUAUUAACGUGUUGUAGGAGUAUAGUUUACUAGUGGAGGCUGAUGUUGAUUGUCACAGGCUAACGUGAAGCAGCUUUACUUCUCAAGACAGUAAAACGCAUGCUCUAUUUAGGCUAUGUUUUGUUACUUUACGUUCUGAUUUAUAAUCUAGAAGUAUCUUUUAAUUUUCACCUGACAUUUCUACAAUUAAAUGUGAUUAAAAUGUUCACUGUGCAGUAAAAACUGUUUUUUACCAUACUCUCGGCUAUUUUCUUCGAGCUCCCGAUAACUCGAACUCCCCAUAACUCGAACUUUUUUCGAUUUCCCUUGAAGGUUCGAGUUAUCGGAAGUUGACUGUAGUUUCAUUUACACGGAUUUGCAGUGCCAUGGAAUUGGCCAUGUUACAUUAAACGCCUAGUGACCUGUCCCGAAGAAAACAGAGAAAACGGAGUCAUAAUAUUCAUGCAUAAAUCAAUAGUUGACCUCGUCACUUUGACAGUGGACUAUCGUCACUGUCACCUCACUAAUACCCUCUGACGUCAGAGAUUUUCUUUUGUUGCACGUUCUGAGGCUUUUGGUAGCAAGCAAAUUAGUUUUUAGAUGUCACAUGACCUUACAUGCUGUCGUGGAAAAAUCGAAGCUUUCUUAAUGAAUACUGUUUAUUUUCCCUUCAGGUUGUAUUUGAAGGAGUUCGUGGUAGGAACUUUGGAGGUGAUAUAGCAAUUGAUGACAUCGUUAUUAAAAAUGGUUUCUGCCAAGCCUUGAAAGCUUGCUCAUUUGAAGAUGUUCAAAUGUGUGGAUGGACAAAUGAAAAAAG